AUGAAGGUAAACCUGUUUCUCAACUUCUCAGUUUUCCCUUCAAUGUAUUAAUUUCCUUCAAUGUUAAAAGUACAUCAUCCUGUUGAAUACAUAUUUAGUGAAAUAUGGUUCAUAUGCCACUGCUAAGGAAGCUUCCCUUUUGCUAAACAGCCACAUAUGUCUGCAAACCCAGUGAACAAUUUAAUAUUGCAGUAUAGAAAUACAAUAGCAUAAAAUAGGAUGCUGCCUCACACCAGGUCAAAUUAUUGAUUCAUCUAGGCUAGUACUAGCUCUCCACUAUCUCAGGCAGAGGUCAUUUCUGUUUCAUGCUACCUGAUGCUGGAAAUUGAAGUUGGGACCUUCUGCAUGCAAAGCAUGGAAGAAAAUAUUUAUAACUUACAUAGGCUUUGCAGUUCCAAAAUGGUGGCAAGAAUUUUGUUUUACUUAUGUGUAGUCACUGGGAAGCUACUUUCCACCUCUGGAAAGAAAUCAGGCAUUCCUCUUCUGGUUCUUUACAUUCAAGAACUUAUAUAUCCGUAACAUCAGUGCUAAAAUUCUUGCUUACAUUGUGUUUCACAUGUUUCUCUGAAAAGUUGAAAUUGCUGUUUUCCACUACGGUGUAUUGGGAAUGAGAAGUGAAAUUGUAUCCCUGCCCACUCAUUUGCUGGAUUGUAAGAUUGUUCGCUAGUUAUUACUUGCUGUUAAAAACAUCACUAUUCAGUGCUACUUGUUCGUUAGUUAUUACUUGUCAUUAAAAAGGUCACUAUUCAAUGAUGCUAAUUCAUUGAACAGAAGUAUGGUCAAAGUUGAUCAAAGUGAAAGUACAUAAGACACUGCCUUAUACUUAUUUUCUAAUGAAUUAAGUCCUAAUUGUUGGACUAAGGCUGCAAUCUAAUGCACACUUACCUGGCAACUACCCUGUUGAAAUGUGCUGUUAAAGUAUUCUCUAAUAAAUGGGCUGUUAAGCUGGCAAAUGAUCCAGUGUUGUAUCAGCAGUUAAAACUUUGUUAACCUCUGCUGUUCUGUAUCCAGGUGCUUGUUUUUUGUGGGGGUGCAGCUUUUGGAAAAAGUGAACAGGAAACUAAGGAAAAUUAGUGUUGCAUUCUAUCCUCAUUAAACAACAACUGGGCUUGUUUCUCUUUCUUUCAACUGUAUAUGAGAAAUGUAUUCCGAAACAAAAAGUUUGACUGUUGGUAUGUCUGCCUGAAAAACCACUUGUGGCCAGUAAGACUUAAAAUACAUUGGCUGAAGCAGCAGCUGUCAAAUUUUUUGUUUACAACUGCAAUGUUUGAGUACCGUGCACUUCUUCAAAGACUUCAGAGCGUACAAUCCAUCUUGCAAAAAUACACAUUCUUGUAGGAUUAUUUUUAGUGUUUCCAGUGUGUACUGUUAAGUAUUGGUCACUGUAAGAUGCUGUCCAAUUAGUAGAUUACAAAUGGUAUUAAGAUUUGGAUUAAUCUAUAUGCUAUCUUAGUAAAAGCAAAACACAAGAACCAGGUCCUUUCUCUUUUUGGUGACUAGAGUUUUUUCUGAAUGGAUAAACUAAAUAAAUCGCAAUAGAUUCUAAAGACUUGUUGGGUCAGAGUAAACCUGUGUGUAUAUGGAACUCCACUGAUUGCCAGUGGCAGGUCUUAGUCUGUCAGUUACUUUCUGGAGACUUAAAAGUUUUUCAUCGUGGUUUUGUUACGAUUAAGCUUAAAAUUGUGCCAUAUGAACCUUGAGAAGUGUGCUUAAACACUUCCACCCUUUGACCAUUUUUUAUCUCUCUUCAGGCAGCAGAUGAGCCUGCCUACCUGACAGUUGGGACUGAUGUCAGUGCCAAAUACCGGGGUGCCUUCUGCGAGGCAAAAAUUAAGACAGUAAAAAGGCUGGUGAAAGUCAAGGUAAGAGAGAGCACUAAUGCCAGUGCAUUAGCCACAGGUCUUUCACAUCACCUAUUUCCUUAGAUACUUUUAGCUAGAGACCCAAUAGGGCACCCUGCGGAAAUAAAAAGCCAAAAUGUAAGGUAGCAUCAUUUAUUUUCCAGCAGUAAGAAACCCCACUUAUUUUCUCUCUUCUGGUCCAAAUAAGUGUUGCGGCAUUGGGGUUGGGGAGAGAAUCAGGAAAACCCUGUAUUUCUCCUUGGAUGUGUGCAGCUUCAUUUUAGGAUUCUAUCUUUGUUGAAGAGCAGGGUUUUUGUUUAAAAAAAGAAAAAUCAAUAACAAUUUGUCCUUACUAUAAAUUUGAUGGGGCUUUUUUUGUAAGUGCUGAAAUGGGUAAGGAUUAAGGCGAGCUUAUAGGCUUCACCUGUAUGAUAUCUAGAAAUUCAGCUUUAAAAAUACAUUCAUUUCUGAAGUGUUUCCAUUAAGGGUAUCUUCUAGCAAUGGAGUGCAUGGGUCUACAGUCACUGGAUCGUUAAGAGAGCUUUCUAAUUGGUGUAAUCUGCUGUGUUAUCAAAAAGACAGACUUAUGGCUAAGUUGCUGGUGUAGCAGGAAUUGUGAUUUGCUCAGUCAUUGAUCAAGAGAAAGCAAAUCUGUAAUGGAUCUGAGUUAAUGGAUCAGUUGCAUGUGAAGCCAUGAUCAUGUUGGUAUUUUGCCUCACAAUUAAUAGUCUCAUGGCACCUUUCAAAAGACUCACAGAUUUAGACUGCAGUCUUGUGCCCACUUUCAAGUCCCUGUGACCAUAAUGGGACAUCCUGUGUAUGAUUGUCCUGUUAUUGUGGCAUAAACAUCAGUCAUCUAAAACGUGUUCUUCUUUGAUUCGUGUCAAGAGUUUCAUUGUACUGCACUGUAUGUAAAAAAUGGAUUUACUAAGGAAACAUCACUAGAGUCCCCUGUCCCCAGAUCAUUUAUUGACCUGACUUGGCAACCAGACAAAUACCAUAUACUCAAUUAAUAACGUGAAAUUAAAUUUCUUGCAAUUGCUUCCAUAGUUGUGCUGCCGUUUUAUUUGAAUGCUUUUAAUAAAAGCAAACUUCCAUGUUUGAAAAAUCUUACUUAGAAUAAUGUUCUUCUCUGCGUGCUGGCAUAUAGGGUGAGAUCUGAUGUCACAACAAUGUGCAUGUUGGGAUUUCCUCCUCUUCUGUCCCCACCCCCAGUCGGAUCUGGAAAGUCCCCAUAGCUGCUGGGGCAUACUUUAGGGAGCAACCUACUGGUGCAUAAAAGUCUUGUGUGCACACAUGAAAGUCCAUUGCUCAAGUCCUUUGCAAGUAAAAUUGUUUUCUUUAAAAUCCCUCUCAAAAUAUGCAGGUGAUCUUAAAACAGGAUAAUUCAACACAGUUGGUGCAAGAUGACCAAGUGAAAGGACCUUUAAGGGUAUGUAUGCAUGUUUUCUUCAAAAGUUAUCAGUAAAUUCAAAAAACUGCAUUUAAAUGCAUGAUUCAGAGUAAGCCAAAUGACAGCAGCAUUCCUGUUUGACUUUAGUUCUCACAUUCAUGCAUAUAUAUUUUUUCGCUGAAAUAUUAAAGUGAAGAUCUAUAAAUAGUUCAGUCAAAAAACGGAGGAAGAAAUUAUCUACGAAAGGAAAACUGCAUAAAGUAGAAUAUUUCAGGCAAUGUUUAUGUAACCAUUCCUCACUUCAGAAACUUGAUACAAAGUUUAUGGGUCCAAAGGCUUGGCCUUCCAUGGGAUAAUUUUCAGGGAUAAUGUUCAGUCUUGGUUCCAUGAUAGUACAGACUAUGCAGCUGACAAUGAAACACAUCCAUGUCCCACUUCAGAGGACAGUCAUUACACACUUAAGUGCCAUUGAAAUAAAAAGCCUUUAAGUGCAACAUCCAAGGGCAUUAGCUUCUUUACUGCUGAGAGGAGAGUCAAUGUCUGCUAAGAAAAAAGUGUGUUGGAUGCAUCCAUUGCUCUGUGUGAAGUGGGAAGGCCCCAAACAACUAUUAUUCCCUCUGUUGCUCGAUGAGCAGUGGUAUCAUCCUGAUGGAGGGCAUAAGGAGGCACAAACUGCACAGCAGCUGAUAAUCCCACACAGCAAGAGCCACACCCUUAACUGUGACUGAAUGGGCAAAGGAAGGCAAGUAUACAGGCGGCUAUCCCACACUUAAGUGCAGGAUGCUGACUUGUUGUUCUGAAAGCAAAUCGAAAAGAAGUACAUGUAAGCAUGCCCCAAAUUCAAAUCUAGGAGAGCAAAACUAGUGCCUUAGUUGUCAAAAGGUUGAGGAACACUUAGGCACUGUUGGGCUUAAAUUUAGGGUGUUGAUCUGUACGAGGAACUGAAUGUGAUUUCUAACAUUAUAGGUUGGUGCAACUGUUGAAACCAAGAUGUCUGAUGGAUCGUUUCAAGAGGCCACUGUCAGUAAACUGACAGAUGCAAGCUGGUAUACUGUAGGUAAGUAGAUUUCUGUGCCACACCAGAUUUCACUGGCACUAAGAUGUACAUAAUUUCUUCUCUGUCCCAGAUACACAGCGUUUUUUGAGCAGAUCUCUUAUGACUUUUUAAACUUCCCAAUAAAAUAUGGUGUCUGUAUAGAAGGAAUAUUGCCAAAUGUUUAACAAUGACUUAGAACUGCGGGGGAAGGACAUGGAGCCAACUAAAAUACCUGCGUGAGUCCUUUUGCCUGGCUGUAAUGUGUCCUUGAACUCUGAUGGUGAUAGUAAUACUUGCUUUCUUGGAUAGAGAGGGAUGUCUGAGUGUGAAGACACUAACCAACUCUGCAGAAGCAAAAAUUUAUUUCUGCACCUAGUAUUGCCUCCGCUCUGCCUGUCACUGCCGUGUGGCUCUCAUAAGGUUGCCCAGAGGGGAAUGUGACCCUUGGGCUAGAAAAGGUCCAUGUUGCUUACAUAGUGGUCUCUUCAGGAUUAGAAAGCAAUACAUCAAAAGUGUCUGCUGGGUUGUUGAGUUAAUCCAUGAUCAGUAGAUGGACUGUACUACUUCAGAUUGUACUUGUGGGUCCGUUGUACAAAUGCCCAAUUAUGCUAAAAACAGCUCCCCAAAAUGUACCAGACUGUCAACUUUUAGAUUUCUCCUGCCUGCAGACUGAAAUGGUGUGGUUAAGCAACAGAUGCUUCAUGUGGAGCUGCUCUGUUUUGCAAGGGAUGGAGAACCUCUGGUCCUCCAGAUGUUGCUAGAGUACUAUUCCCAUCAUUCCCGACAAUUGGCUGUGCUGGCUGGGGUUGUUGGGAGUUUUUCCAACAUCUGGAGGGCUACACCUGGUCUGAGGAUGCCAGGCUUUGAGUUAGGAGCUCAGCCUCUUAGGAAAAACCAGGCUAUGUGUAUAAAGUGAGCAAACAAGUUUAGAAAAGUUAAGUGUAAACUACUUCCCUAGGGCUCAUCUUUACCAGCUACACUAAGCACCUCCAUUAGUGUCAUGCUUAAUGGCUCUACCUUCAUACUGUAGGAGAUACUUUUGAAUAGGAGAGACAAGAGAAGGGAUGGAUUGUUGCGAGUUUUGUCUUUCCUGAUAUAGCUUAGCCUCAUAAACAUUUGCCUUCUUGUCAUUGGGGCUAAGGAUUGCUUUUGGGAUUCCCCCUUGUGGGUCACAAAUAAUAAACAUAUGUAUGUAUGAGCAGAGAGACUAGUAAUUUGUGUGGCACUAGCAAGGCUUCUGGAAGGGAUAAAGGCCAAGGCAGUGGAUUUUCUUUUAACUUCUGUGUUAAAAUAAGUUAACAAGCUGAGAACAGUUUGCUGUAUGACAGUGUUUUUCAAGUGUAAUUGUGUUUACAUAGCAACAAAAUAUUGGAGAACAUAAUUCCUUUGGCUGCCCUGAGCAUCACUCCUAAAGUUUAAAAAAAUUGCAGAAUUGGUUUUGGCAUGUUUGCAUUUCUGUGCCUUUGGACUGAUAAUUGUGGCCCAGGAGCUUAGAAAUUGUUUCAGGGACCCUAAAUGCCUUCUCUAGCAUUUCUUAUUCUUGGGGAGAUGAAGGAAUAAAGAGUUCCUAGCCUGAGAGACCAAGAUUUUGGGGAACUGCUGCCAGUUAUGGUAGAUCAUACUGAGUUAGAUGGGUUCGUGGUCUGAUCUGGUACUGGAUAACUUUACUUAUUCAUAUUGCCCUCUGCCACCUGAGAAUUGUUAACAGUGUCUUGUAAAAUAAAACAUAACAGUAUUUUAAAUAUUUGUCACUGGACUUUAAAUUAAGUUGUAAUGUUGUUUUUAAUAAAGAGGAUUUGUAAGUUUAGAAUGCCCGAUAUAUUGUUGUUGAGAUAACUGCAUGGAUUUUAAACAAACUUUAUCCCAUUUGAACAAAGGCUUAUUUGUAAGUUGCUUCUUUCAAGAAGUUCUGCAAGUCCUUUGCAUACUUAAUUCUUGAGUAAAUAUUAUUCUCUGGAAGAAUGGCUUAAAAGUGUUCUAGGGCUGUUUCAUGCAAGUGUCAAGGACAAGAAUGUAGUGGCAGUCAAAUUUCGGCUUCCAGCACUGCAUUAAGAAUUGAAAAUUGACUUAUAACUGGAAAGUUUGUUUUGGUAAGCCUUAAUGUAUUAACUAAACUUCACAGGGUUUGAUGUGUUAAAUUGUUUGGCUUUCGUCCCCCUUUACAAAAGCUCCAGGAAAGUGUAUCUGUACUUUGCCCGGCUGCAGGGAUAUGCAUUAAAAUAUUACCUGCCUCUGGAAAUAGCUUGUGUGUGUGCCUUUAAGCAGAUACUGACACUGCUUUAUGUGGAAUAUGAAGGUUCUGGUUUGGUUAAUUUCACUCUGGUCCAUGUUUGCUGUCAUAUUGAGCAGGGCCAGGAGCUUCUUGAAUAGACCAGCAUUUUCUCUAUUUAACAGCUGGUCUCUGGUUUCCAGGUGGAUACCAAGGUUCUUGUCCUAAGCUGGAAUACACGUUGAUAGAAUUGUAGCCUUAUGCCUCAAUGAAUAAUUGUCUUCACCUGAACAAAGGUGGUUUGGUUGUAGUGAGAGUAAGAAAAUGCUAAGGAAAGCAUUGAGGAAUGAAUGUACCCUUUUUGUGGUGACACAUGUAUGCAAGGGGAAAUCAGUGUCUCAGAGUUUGUUGUGGCUGGUGGGAUCUUCCCCCGAGUGGAGUUCUGCUCAGGUGAUGCUUCUGCAGGCAGAAGUGGGAGGAGACUUUCCUCGAUUUCUGCCUGCAAUCUCUUGCACUCUCCGAAAACCUGUUUUAGAAGGUUGGGAAAAGGCUAACUUAGGAUCCAAGCCAGAAUCAUUCCUUCUGGUAAGCAAGUUCUAAAAAAUAUUGGCUGUGGCCCAAAGAUGAAUGCUGCAAGAUCUGUGGAACUUAAAUUUUCUAUUUUAGCCGCAGCCCAGCCUCCACACUGCAAGAGAUGCUGACAUUUGGGUCACUCUCACUUGACUUGGAGUAACGUUUACAUAGUUCAAAUGGAAUUCACGACUACAAGAUGGACAGCAGCAAUAUACCUUUAAAUACCAAAUAAGGGGUGAUUGAUCAUCUUCAUGCCCUGCUUGUGAGCACUUGGGUGGCAAAAUCUCUGAAAUGGAAGACAGGGAGACAAGCAGUUCAUAGUUCUUUAUUAUUGAAAGAGAGAAUAAAAGCCAUAAGGACCACUGGUCAAAGAUUUGACAGGUCUCCUGAUUGCUGACAGACAGAAAGCAGUUCUAUACAGUAACUGAAUGGAAAUUUAAGCUGCUAUCUCUCAAAAUACGGGUAGCCAACAUAGUGCCUUCCAGAUGUGAUGGUACAGCUCCUAUAAUCCCUGACCUUUAGCCACGCUGCCUGCGGCUGAGAGGAGUUAGGAGUCAUAGAACACCCGGAUGUCUCCAUCUUGCUUACCCUUCCUUAAAACAUGGGUUAGUGUAUUGACCAGAUGCAACUGCUGCAUAGUAUAAAUCAGUCAAACUACAUACAUACAUACAUACAUACAUACAUAGGGAUGGGGGAAAGCUACAAAAUAUGGAGUGAGCUAUUGACACCCUAAGGACCUUUAACUCAAUGUUGUAGAUUCGUGUCAAUUGCUUUUUUCUCAGUCUGCAAACACUGUUAAAGGAAAAGAAAAUCUUAGGCCUUCCCUAUUAACUCUUCUGGGCCUGCCUCACACGGGACCGGUGCGAAGGCAACGCUUGUUCCUUACUAAGAACAAACUGCAGGUAGCUGGAGCCAGCAUUUAAGCCAGCUGUUGUUAGCAGGGCACCAGUGUUAUCAUACAUUGAUAAACGUCUUUUAAUUUUGCCAGAGACUGGCCCUCAGACACUGUGUGGCAAUUGAAUUGUUUCUUCCUUGUUAAGGAAGUAGUUGUGUUAGUGGGCUUCAAUUUUGGAGCUCUCCUCUCUCUCUCCAGCAUGAAUUUGCCAUAUCCAACUUUCUAUCUUUUGGGGGAAAUUGUUGCUGAUUGUUAGGAGGCAUAACUGGCUACAGCUGCAUGCUUGUCUGAAGUGAGUGCUAUGGGAGAGGAGGGGGGAAGCUGUCCCUCCCCAGAUGUUGGUGACUCCCAACUUGCAUCAGCACCAGCCAGAAUGGCCAAUGGUCAGGAAAGAUGGGAGCAGGAUGGAGCCCAACAAUCUCUGGAAGGCAACAGAUUCAGACUUGAAGAGAUUGAAUUCAGUUCUUCCCUCAACCAUGAACAUGAAAGGUGUCCCCUCAGCCUCUCAGUCUCAUCAUCUGUUAUAUGGGACUGAUAGUUGUAGUCAGGAGUGUACUCAACAUUUUUCUGAAAUGUGUACCCAUGUCCCCUAAUUGUCACACAUAAACCAGAGUGUUGUAGUGGUUAGAAGGCUGAAUUGGGAAUAGGGAGAUUUGUGUUUAAAACCCCGCUUAACCGUAAAGCUCAAUGUGUUAACUAUGAUCCAGUUGCUGUCUCUUAGACUAGCUUACUUUAAAGCAUUGCUGCGGGGAUUUUGUGUGUCAUUGUGUGAGGGUUUGUUUGGUUUUGUGUGUGUUUUUGUGCCAUGGGGCUUUUAUACAGCCUUGAGCGCCUUGGUGGUACAGUAUAGAAAUGGUGAUAAGAAUAAAAUGUCCUUUUGAGAUCUCAGGGCUUGCCAACUUGGUGCCCUCCAGGUGUCCUCGGGCACUAGCUCCCAUCACUGAGGCCCAGCGCCAAGGGCGUUCUGGCUGUUCCCUCGCUGCGAGAAGUAAGGUUACGGGGAACCAGGCAGAGGGCCUUCUCGGUAGUGGCACCUGUCCCGUGAAACGCCCUCCCAGCAGAUGUCAAGGCAAUAAACAACUAUUUUACUAUUAAAAGACAACUGAAGGCGGCUCUGUUUAGGGAAGUUUUUAAUGUCUGACGCUGUAUUGUUUUUAAUAUUCGUUUGGAAGCCGCCCAGAGUGGCUGGGGAAACCCAGCCAGAUGGGCGGGGUAUAAAUUAUUAUUAUUAAUAGCCCUAGCCAGCAUGGUCAGUGGUCCGGGAUGAUGGGAAUUGUAGUUGAGGACUACGUUGUCCACUCUUGCUCUAAUCAUAAAACUUCUAAACAAGGGGACAAAUUAAGUUUAAUAAGAAUGCUUAUUUGGUUCUCUCAUUUCUUGUUCUCCUGUGUUUUGUUGCACUUUCCAUUUUGUAUGUUUCAGUAAGGGAAAUGUUGUAGAAAUGGUGAUGCUACUGAGCUAACUUACAGGUGUAUAGGUAUGAAGUGCUUUGCAAAUUGUAAGGCUGCAGCCUGGAAGCAGAGUAGCAUUUACUAUCUUUGAUGUGUGUUUUUUGGUGGGAAAAAUAUGGCCGGAUUCUGCUGGAUCUGCACUAGCAGUUAAUAAGAGAGCAAAACAGCGGCGCUGAGCUCUUGUCAGUUGUUCUUCUAGGAAUCUUUAAUUUUCAUGGCUCCUUGACAAUGUACUCUUUUAAGAACAGUUAAGUGUAUUGAAAAGGUCAUUCUCAGGGAGGCUUUAAUUUGAAGUAGGCUGCAUGUGAAGUAGAUUAAAAAGAAAGGAGAUUUAGAACAGCAAGGAAUACUUAGCUGGGAGGAAAGAGUGGGUGGUGAUACAAUGGAAGUGCGGUGUUUUUUUUAAUAAAAAGGAGUGUGGAGCCAGAUGCUUGAACACCCUCUUUGCAGUACCAGUGAGACUGGUAGAAAGAGAACAUUUAAUUGGAUGGAAGAUACUAUAUCUGUGACAUAAUGCUAAAUUACUAAAUUUCUGAUUUCACUAUGUCCAAUAGAAGUAGAACUUCCUUUUUAAAACAGAAGUGGAUUAAAUACCAUUGGAAAGCACUCCCUUUCUCUACUGCAGUGUCUCUGGAGUGCUGGCUGGAAUAGGGAAAACUGAUGCAGUAGAAGAGUGAUGGGUUCCUACCCUGUAGUUCCUUGCAGCAGCAGGAGGGCUGUGCGGAAGCAGUUUUUACUACACACAUGACCCCUGUUGUAUAUGUGCAGUCCUUGCCUCUCCUCCAAGCGUAACGUUUGAAAAUAGCCCAGGCAUGUGACCUGUCUCCAGUAGUAAUGGGCAGAUCAGGGGAACAGGCCCUGCAUGUUGUGUUCUGUGUGUGGCAUGGAACACUGUCGCCCAUAAACUGCACUUAGAGGGACCAAGUGUGAAGUGACUCCAGAGUCACAUAUUGAGAUAGCCAGUGGUCCAACACCUCUUCCUUUCCUCAUUGCUCAGUGUGGACCCCACAUAAAGAAACAGCCAGCAAUGGGAGCCAUGAUCAAAGGAAUGUCCCUCCCCAUUUCAAAUCCUUUCUGAUAAAGGAUUAGAUCUGUUGCUUUUUCCAUAUAUGUCUGACUCAGGAAACGGCAGUAUUUCUCAUCAUUCAUCCUUUACUAUUCUAAUUCAUAAAAAGAGCCAAAACUUAAAUUUUUAAAAAAAUCAAAAAGUCAUAUAUUCGAAGAACUAAGUGCUCCAAUUCUGUAUUUUUAUUUUUGUUUUUGUUUAGUAUGGUGUGUUGUGCUGUCAGCUGAGACGAGGGAAACAGGCUGGGAACAAGCUUUCAGGCGAAAUUAGAGCCAGUAUUUGAAUAAAUGUUGGCUUGAAUAUAGUGGUGGUGCUUGGUUACCUUUUGGCUCUUUGCCCUCAUAAUCUGCACAAGGGGUGGGGAUCCAGUGGCUCUCCAGAUGUUGUUGAUCUCCAAGUCCUGUUGGCUGUAGUCGGCACGGCCAGUGGUCAAGGAUGAUGGGAGUUGGGAGUCCAACAACUUUAAUUCUUUUUUUAAAAAAAGUUGAAUUUGCAGUGACAUACUUUCUUGUUUGUAAGGAAACUUUCUAGUCUAGAGGGGGUUAGACUUGAUAACCCUCAGUGUCCCAUUCCAACUCUAUACAGUUCUGUGAUUCUAUGACUUGAUCAUAAUGCACCAUUAUCCUUUCCUGUGCCCUUAGAAACGUCAGUGGUUUUUGAUACACCCAAUUCUGCUUAGAAAGUUAGUUUGUGGCAGCAGGGAGUUGUUUGGGGUGCUGCUGCAGGAGGGUCACUAGCAAAACACUUCCAUCUUAUGAGGCAUUCCCAAGAGUCACACCUGCAUAGGGAGAAAGUUAUUUACCUGGCAACACACAGCUUACUCAUAGUGCAGAUUCCAAUUUUAGUGUGUGAAGUAGCCUUGAGAUCCAAAAGUAGACUGCAGCUCCUUCAAGGCAGGAUCAAAGCAGAUUUAACACAUUGUUUGGCUUAUCUUUCAUUUAACUAAUCUUUCUGAUUUGAAGACUUAGCCCUGCACCAGCUCGGAACAUCAGUGACAUAACACUUCACCCCAGCAGCUCUUCACGUGUCAAAAAUCGGGACUUUGAUUAAAUGAAGGGAUCAUGCAAUUCCAAGAUCAGUGGUGCAUUUCCUCUGCCCCUAGGCAGAAAUAAAAAUCCCAUGUGGCUGCUGAAGAGAGAUUUUCCAUCCUUGCUUAACCUUUAAGCCAAUUGCCUUGGCUGCUACAACUUAGAAACUGGAAGUGGUUUCUGUUCGAUCCUGAACAAAUGUGCAGCAAUACUGAGGAAAUGCCCAGAGGGCUCAGUUUUUUCACUGUUUCUUCCACUGGAUCAUAACCAAGUUGCCCUCAGCACCUACCCCAUUCUUUUUCCCCCUGCUGUCCUUAUUGUGGGCAUUCUUUGCUGCUUGCAGUUCACAUUCUCCUCUUCCCCCACCUCCGGCAGCUGGGGAUUGCAGCCUAGGCUGUGGUAGAUUUGUUCAUGUUGCUGGUUUUCUGGUAAAGAGCAUUCCUGUGCUUUGAAAGAAGGUGCCUGUGUGUUUUAAAGUGUAACAUUUAGGUUGUAGACUUUGGUUAGGGGCUCAGUUAGGAGUGGAAAGGCAAUUCCAACAGUUGGAUAGUUGACAUUCACUCUCCUGUAUUCCUUAUGUGCAAUUAUGUAUGAGAUACAGCCCUUGGCUCAGCACAAGAUUAAAUACGCAGUUUAUCCAAACAAGUUCUCCUCAGAGUAGGCCCAUUGAAAUUAAUGGGCCUAAUUUAGUAAUGUCAGUUAUUUUCAGUAGGUCCACCCUGAGUGGUUGUAUAAAAAAUGCAUCAAGCAAUUUUAUGCCGGCAACAUUAAAAAAAAAGAAUGAUUAUGCAUUGCAGCUUAGAUGAUUUUUGACCCCAGCAUGCUUGGGAGAAUUAAUGUUUAUUUAUUUAUAGUUUUUAUAUUUCACUGUUUCCUCCAAGAAUCACAUACACAGUUCUCCACCUCCUCAUUUAAUUCCACAACAACCCUAUGAGGUAGGUUAGGCUGAAAGUCAGUGACUGACCCAAGGCCACACAGUGAAUGUCAUGGGGAAGUGGAGGUUUGAAUCCUGGUCUCCCAGGUCCUAGUCUACACUCUAACCACUAUACCACACUGGCUGGCUGUAAAUUUAUAAUGCAUUGAUCUGUCGUGCUAUACUAGAAUGGUGAAGCAUUGCUUCCAAUAGGCUGCUUGAGGUGAUCGUUGCAUAUUGAUCUUCAGUUUGUACAUGCGUGCUUUCUCUCUGGCUUUACAACAUCUAAGCAUAUGUCCUUCACAUGCUGUUCCACUGCAAGAAAGCUUUCAUCACUAGUUGGAAUAUUCCAUAAGAAAAAAUGAGCAGAAAAUGUGUAUGAUGGAAUGCAAACAAUGGUGUAACAGCAGCUCAAAAAUGAGACUAUUGGGGGCACUAAAUAUAUUCACAUAACAAGAAUAAUUUGCAGUUUCCAUUUACUUGCCUUUGCAAAUAAAGUGUUUUUUCCUUUUAUGUAAUUUUAUUGGUUUGGCUUUGUUUAGUUUUUGAUGACGGUGAUGAAAGGACUUUGAGACGGACAUCGUUGUGUCUGAAGGGAGAGAGGCACUUUGCAGAAAGUGAGGUAAGGCUGUUUCACUCUGAAGCUGUAAACGUAACACUCUUCUUUUAACUGGAAAAUUAGCAAGUUUUCAAGUUGUCAUACUUUCCCCUUCCUCUCCCAGACACUUGACCAACUGCCACUAACAAACCCAGAGCACUUUGGAACGCCGGUGAUUGGGAAGAAAUCCAACAGAGGAAGGAGAUCCUCUCUUCCUGUGUGAGUGUGCUUUGUGAUGCCUUGCUUCUAAUAGUAUUACUGGGCUUUUCUCAGACUUAAUCUUUCCCUUGCAUUGGAACGAGGAAGGCAGGUUUGGUCUUCAGUGAUGAGCUUAGAAGAAGUGUGCCUCCUUUGCAAGGAGCAUAAUAUUGUGCAAUUACAGUUUACUUUCCUUCUUUCCACCCACAAUCAUACCACACACUGUUUCCUGAAAUCCCCUAAUUUUCAAGAGAUUUGCCUUUCACCAUACAAAUCACAAAAAAUGCCCCACUCAGAGGACAACGUUUCCUCAGAAGGAUAGGCUACCCAUUUCUUCUGAUGCAGUCCAGAAGGUGACAGCCUUUGGACAAAGUGCAUAAAUGGCUUCUGAGGUGGAGAAGUGUCUUGGGCUUCCUGUCUCCCUUCUUGCGUCAAGUCUCUUCUGAAAUGGAAAGCACACUUCCCAUUGAAAUAUCCUUGGAGACCUCGCUGUUUGGUGGAGUUGCAGAAGUGGCUGAGAAACGCAGUGACAGGAAGCAUCUGGAACUUGGGUUUUAGGAUUCUGCAGAAGUGUGGUGCUGCAUGGAAUUCUGCAUCCUGGAAGCCUUUUCUUCUUUAACUUUCUUCCUUCUGUUGCUGUGAAGUCAGACUUGAAAAUGUGCUGGAGUUAUCAGAGGACAGGACCCUGCAAAAGCUCCUUGCCAUUUAGGGACUAACAGAAGCUGAAUUAAUUAUACAAAACUAUUUCACACUUUUUAAUAAUUUGUAUGCAUACUGGCUUGUCUUGGUGUAGGACUUGGACUAUUUUUGGUACACAGGGCUUUCAGUUUUUAAAUUUUAAAAUGUGUAUACACACACACACUGUAUUUCAGUACAAAGCCUAAAAUAACAACAGAAAAAUGUUCGGAAGUAUAUAGAAGUAUGUAUGUGAAGAAACAUGCCUAAAGUAACAGGCAAUGGAAGCCAAGCUGCAUUUAAAUCUUCCUUAUUAAAAUUAGAUAGAUGCACGCCUUGUUCUAGCUUGAUUAUUAGAGAGCAGGAGGAGGCUGUUUCGAGAAUAGAAAAGGCAUGGAUAUGAGAGUGGUAGAAAAAGACAAAAAUUGGCAGAAUAUAAGCUGGAGUGGAAAGAACAAGAAUUAGGGCAUAAGAGAGGACAAGGAGGAGAUAAGGUUGAAGCACAUAAGUGCUUUAAAAGAAGGACUAGUGUUUUAAGGAGCUCCAUUCAAGCCUUGAUUCAAGCUUCCCUGGCAACAAUAAAUAUUGGCGGUUUAUUCUUGGAAGUGCUGAAUUUCAGAACUAACUGUGGACACAGAGAAGCUGUCUUUGCUGGGUCACCAAAUAAAGCCCACGCUGACUUGGAAUCCUUCCGGGUGUAAGGGGACUGGUAGGCUACGUGGGUUGGUUGAGACACUUUUGAGAAUAAGAGCAGAGCCCAGCCCCAUGAGCCCUCUGGCUUGCAGCCAUGGCAGCACCACACGUGCAAGAGUUCUUGAUUCUAGCCCCAGCACCUCUCGACAGCACAAUGCAUGUAUGGUAGCAUAGGAUGAAUCUUUAGCCUGCUGCAUUCUGCUUUGUGUUAAGCCAUUUCCCGCAAAAAGGAAGAAGGUUGCAAAGCAAGAGCUGUUGAGGUAUCAAGGCUGCGACGAGGUUAUGUGCUCCUGUUAAUCUCCACAUUCGGGCUGUCUAAAAUCGCUGUAUGUUUAACCCCCAGUAAUGAAGAUGAAAAAGAGGAAGAAAGUAGUGAAGAGGAUGAUGAUGAUAAGAGGCGUCUUAACGAUGAAUUGCUUGGUAAAGUUGUCAGCGUGACUCCCAGCUCUGAGGAGGCUGAGUGGUAUCCAGCUUUGGUGAGUGAGAAAUAUUUAGGGGCUUUUAUAAUAGGGCACAAAAGCCAGGUGCUUUUCAAAGGGGAGGAACUUCAACGGGGCAAACGCCUUUUGAAACCAGAUUUGAGCGUAAAACAGCUUUGAGAUCUUGUUCUGAGAAAGGUGACAGUAAAUAAAGCAAUAAAUAAAUAAUGCUCCUGAGUCUCCCAAGUUUAAGGAAAUGCUUCUUUUUUUUGAGGGGGGUGGGAGAAAAAUUAAUGCAUUGUCCAUAUUGAAAAUGUUUUUUUACAUUCUUGGUAGUGCAACUCUUGCUCAGUCAGUUCCUGCACAAAGGCAGGUUCUGCUAACUGACUACAUAGAAUAUAAACCUUCCUGGUAAAUACGUUUGGUGGGGAAAACGUUGUUUCCUAUGGAACUUGUUUCUAUGACAUCUGCAUCUUCACUGAGAUCCUGCUAUAAGUUCAUGGCUGCUUCCUCUAGUUCCCAUCAUGGCUGGCUCCUCUAGUUCCCACCUUGCCCAUUAUCAUAAUUUAAGUACUUUGAAUAGAAGUCUCUGAAAUCCUACUUGGCUGGUGGGGACCCUACUCAACCCAGUGGGAGAUACAUCUUCUGAAGGAAAAUUCUGUAGCUAUUGCUCCUCCUGCCUGCUACAAAGUUCAGCAUGAUGAAACCCAAUUGUGGUUUCUGUGUGUGCAUGCCCAUGUGGUUUGAAUGCUGUUCGCAUCAAAUGCAAUUAGACAUAUAAAUUAUUUUUAGCUAAAACAAGCAUGCAUUGUGGGCACUUAAACGCUUUCAUUUCUUAGCAUGUUUCAGAAGGAAGAUAUACCUGUUUAGGUUGAGACUUCGGACUCAUGAUUAAGUUGGAGAAAAUGUAGCUUUAGAUGAAAUCUUGCUGUGUUACUCAUUUGAUUUGCCAUGGUCAUUCUUUUCAUAGGUGGUUUUUUUGUGUGAAAGCAGCCUUUUUAUUUAGAUUUACUAUGAUUCCUCUUUUAGGUACAUGUAAAAUACGCGUGCAUGCACUAGGAUUUUCCUUUUUUGCAUUUGCAGAGCUCACUAUGCAGUCAUUUGGACUGGGUUUUUUAAUCAUCAUCCUGAUUUAUGUCACUUGCGACAGAUUAAAAACAGGACAGAAUCUAUUCAGCUGAAGAGCAGGAUAUAAAUGCUUUAUUCAAAGUCCUACCUGGAGGCUUGCAAGCCACAAAACAAUAGGCAAGAAAGGGAUGGGGAGGGAAAACAAGCCAACCUGGGCACCAAUUCUUAAAUAUACAGAGUUGUUAUUAAAGUGCUCAGUUUGAGUAGAAAUAGUUCAGGAACUAGAGCAGCCUGAUGGAAUGGACCCACUCUCUAUCCCUCCUGCUGCAGCCUGAUGAUAGUUGAGGAGAAGGGGAGCCAAAUGGGAGUCAGGCUUCUUUUAGUUAAAUAUCUGGAUUUGUAUAUAAAUAUGUAUAUGAAUAGACAAGCGUGAGGAUUUAGGGAUCACUGUCAUAGCGCAUUGCUAAUCCCUGGAGCUCCUGCCUUUAUGGCAGUGAAAUUUUUCUUACUGGUAUAACUUUCCUAAUUGGGAAAAUGCGCUAGAAUGCAUGGAGUUCCUCAAGAUGGUUGCAGGAGGAGGAGCAUGUAUAAUGUGUGCAAAAUCGGAAUAAGUUAAAGAUUUAAAAGCAGUAGGGUUCUGUGGCAUUGUCACAGGAAGCAGCUAUAUUUAGUAGUUCCCAUAGCCCCCGGUGUUGUUUAACAUGCGUGCAUCCCCCUCUUCUGAGACGAGGGUUUACUUAGUACAGUCCUUUCAGCCUCUCAAAACAGUGGGAAUGAGCUGCCCGAUCAUGUGGUGCUGGUGUGCAUUUAGGAUGCAUGACUGGCAAACGACAACACCCUCAAUAAAGUAGGAAGAUUUUACUCUAUGAAUAAGCUUCACUUCUCAGACUUAUAGGCUUGAAUCUCCUGGUGCACAUUAAGGUUAACAAAUUAUUUCUGAUGAAGAGCUUGGCACUGAAGAAGUAGAUCAGGAUAACCAAGAGUAUAGAAAGUUGCUUUAUACCGCUGUCCUAUCUAGCCCUGUAUUGUCAACACUGACUGGCAGUGACUCAUCAGGGUUUAAUGCAGCCAGUCUUUCCAUGCUCUACCUGGAAGUGCUGGGAUUAGACCUGAUGCACGCAGAGCAGGUCCUCUGCCACUGAGCUAUGACCCUUCCCCAAUCAAGCUUCUUUUAACUGUGAACCCGAGCAAGUUUGAUCUUGGGAGUACAUACGCAUAUGUAAUCUCAUAGUUGGGCUUGUUGUGCGGGUGGAAGGGCAGAGAUCUUGGCUGCAGUUGUUCUAUACACAUGAUUUUAAUGAUGGAAACUUACUGGAUUGUCUGUCUUGUUUUGUGGGGAGUUCGCAAUACUUUAAAAAUAUAAUAAUUGUCUUUAGGGAUCAGAUCAGGCUCCUUUUGGUCUCAUUGCCUUUCUGACAGUAACUAACAAAAUGCCACAUAAAUUGUACAGCUGGUGGCCUUUCCUCAAGUUUGUUGGCAGCAUCUGAUAUAUUGCAUAUGGUCUCUGAUUAUAUUUAGCCAUCAUAGCUCAUAACCAGUGUGGCAUCUGUCCUCCAGGAAUUUGCUAAUUUUUAAAGAAAUAAUAUUGAGGCUGUUACUUCCUCUUAAAUCUUUAUUGCUCAUGGUGUGAAAUGCUUUCUCUGUCCUGAGCUUACUGCUAUUUUAACUGGGUGAUCUCCAGCAUUAUGAGAGAUGGAAGUAAAAAUUACCUCCCCACAGUGUCAUUACCUAGUGGAUUUGUUCUGGAAAAUAAAAUGCUGCUAUUAGGGGUUGCCAUAACAGAGCUGAAACAUGAUGUAUGAAACCUUCCCUCCACCCCCUUAGUAGGAGGAAUUUUUAAAAAUCCUCAAUGCCAUGUGUUCUUUUUGAAACUUCAGGUCUUAUCUCCCAGCUGCAGCGAUGACAUUGCAGUGAAAAAGGACCAGUGUUUAGUGAGAUCUUUUUCAGAUUCCAAAUUGUGAGUAGUUUUUCUAGACAUCUCUCUAUCUCUCAGGUUUGGUGUGUUGCAAAAUAAAUACAUAAUCAACUGACAAUGGUUUAAAGUUCAAUGGUUUAACUUAGGCCUCCUCCAAAGUCAGAACCUUUUCUACAUAAUCCUAUUGUCAAGAGUUAAUGCAGGAAGGACAUAAUUAAGGUAGCAGACUAUAUUCCACCAGUGAUCAUGGAAUUUAACAGGAUAUUCUUAAUUAGGGUAUUCCAAAAGGUAAGCAUGAAUCUUGUGGAAGACUUUCAUUCUUCACUAGGAUGAUCAAUUUUGUGUUAAAGUUUAAAAUAAAACACAGUGUGUUUAAAACUCACAAUCCAUUUCCUGCUUAUAUUUUUCCUACUUUAUACAAUAUGCGAUGGAAUUUUCGCAAGACAUCUUGCCCCAACCCCUCGUUCAGAAAGGCUUCCCAUUGGAAAAGAACCAAUUAAGGGUACAGGCUUACCAAUACAGUUACAAGAUAUUUCACAUUUGUCUUUUUGCCUUGUUUUUAAAACAACAAAAAUUUUAAGAACUAUGCUGCUGAAGAAGAUGAUGAUGAUUAGCUAUGUCAGAUUAAGUUACACUGAUGCUGACUUCCAUGCUCAGAUCACCUUAUUACUUCCAUGUUGGUAUUUGGGUACUUAGCUUGGUGAAGCUGUCCUCAGGUGAACAGUUAUUUCCCUGGCCUGAACAUCUGAACUCUUCCAUACUGUGAGACUGCAAGUAAAGAAAGGAAAUACAUUGAAGGAUGCUGUCCUUUAUAUGGAUUGCUCAUAUAAAAAUUUUGUUUCAGUACAUGGCUUUUUAUCAAAUGAUUUAUUUUUGUUUUUAAUUUUAAAAAAUGCAUGUCACCAAAAGUUAAAUACAGCUGCCCUUUGAGUUCAGCAGUGAAGAUAAGUUACAGUUCAAUAAAAGCUACUGCUUGUUAGAAUGAAAGAUUAUAAUUGACAUUUUUGUAUCUGUAUCAAAGUUUUUCCAUUGAUUGCACUUACUGUCUGCUGCUUUGGAUUUCCUUUUGGCAGAAAAAAAGGGCACAAAUGAAAACAAAAUGAAUAAUAUUUUACUUUCUGUAUUUAAUUAUUGCAUACCAGAUACAAGAUUGCAUUGGAAAAUACAGUGUUCUUAACUUGCAACCUCAUGGACUGUUCACCUAGUUCUAGUUCCUUUACUGAUAAAGGCUUGCAACUAUAAUAUGUAUCCCUAUAACUCAUUAAUUAGUGGUGCGAGAGAGCCAUACAGGAGUAUGGCAUGUAUUUCAGAUUAUUCAUACAGAAGCACUGCAUCACCUGCAUUAAUUCAUGCAGAAACAUCUUCAUAUAGAUGGAUGGUCCCUGCCCAUAGGUUAACUUUAGUAAAUUUAAGCAUUGAGAUAACCUGUUCAGCUGUUUAAAAAUGAAGAUUGGUGCAAAUGCAUGGUAUCAAAGACAGAGUAUACACAGAGGUAUACUUUUUUAAAAUGAGAAGCUUCGGGAAAAUGAAUGUGGCAUAUUUAAUCCAAUUAAACAAUUCUCUUGCAGUUAUUCAGUAGCAAGAAAGGACAUUGAGGAAUUAGACAUCGUAAACGUUACAAAAUCCGAGUUGUCUUCUAGAAAAGGUAAAUUUCAAAAGUUACUGUAUAAACUGUUUACGAAAGCAAAUUAGUUAUGCAAUUAUAGUUAUGCAACUAGUCAUAGAGACAGAAUCCACAUGGUCCCGGGCAGGUCCAUCCAGUGUUACGUGGACAAUAGUCUUGUACAAGUAUAGAAAUGGAACAUAAACUGGUAAUGCAUUUGCAGAAGGGAGGCAGAGACCAGAAGACAGGCCUGUCCACAAAGUACAGGUUAUUGAUUAUGAUUUUAAAGGUAAAGGACCCCUGACAGUUAAGUCCAGUCGCGAACAACUCUGGGGUUGCAGCGCUCAUCUCGCUUUACUGGCCAAGGGAGCCGACGUUUGUCCGCAGACAGUUUUUCCAGGUCAUGUGGCCAGCAUGACCAAGCCGCUUCUGGCGAAACCAGAGCAGCGCAUGGAAACGCCAUUUACCUUUUGGCCGGAGCAGUACCUAUUGAUCUUUCACUUUGAUGUGCUUUUGAACUGCUAGGUUGGCAGGAGCAGGGACCAAGCAACAGGAGCUCACCCCGUCGCAGGGAUUUGAACCGCCCACCUUCUGAUCGGCAAGCCCAAGGCUCAGUGGUUUACACCACAGCGCCACCCACGUCCCUAUGGGUUUAAUGACAUACAAACGUGUGUACCCUAAUGGACAAUUUCUGACAUGAAAAGCAGCCUGGGUAGGGAGACAUCUGAAGGGCUGAAGCAGUGAGGGGCAGGUGCUUAAUACUUUCUCCGCUUGCUACUUUCCCCUUUUUAUUCCUCUUGCCCAGCAGCCUUUCUCUGGUGUGUUGGCAAGGGGGAAACGGAUGUCAGGAAGCAUGGGUGUUGUGAGAACAAAAAGGAUAGUUGCAGCUGAAAAAUGAUAUCCAGUGAAAAGCUCCUCCCACCUGACCCUGCUUAUCUGUCCCCACUCACAGCUGCUUUUCUUGAUAAUGGGCCAUGUCUGUUUAAUUAAAAGUUGUUUGCAUCUAAUCUGUAGUUAGGUUCCAUCAGGAUAAUGAAGCACAUAAGUGCUGUAGGCAGUUCAUAUAGAUUGCAAGGAGUAGAAUUCCUAAAAGAAUGGAAAUGUCCAUGUGGUUAUUUGGUGGCCAGUGUGCAGCAGAAGCGUCCCAAGAAGCAAGGAUUUGUGGCACACCUGGGGAUGAGCAGCAGAGCCCAUAAAUCAGGCCAAAACAGUUAGGCUGCAUAUAUUUCUGUUUCCAGCCCACAUUGAAACAGUUGGAAAGGAAAAUGCAGGAAUGUGGCCAUUCUUGCAGCAGAUUUUCUAAAGGAAUCUUCCCUGUCAAGCAAUAUACAGUGGUACCUUGGUUCUCGAACGUCUCCGUUGACGAACAUUUCGGAACCCGAACACUGAAAACUUGGAAGUAAAUGCUUCCAUUUUCGAACGCGCCUCAUAAGUCGAACGGCUUUCACUGCGUGUUUUUCAAUUUUCUCGGUUGAAUUUGCAAACAUCCCUUUGCGCCUCGAUUUUCAAACGUUUCAGAACUUGAAGAGUCUUCCAGAAUGGAUUGCAUUCGAGAACUGAGGUACCACUGUACAAUUUUCUGGUUAUCACGGGUACUUGAUUUGCAAUUUCAGAGCAUUAUACUUCUAGGAUAAUGAAUGUUAUAGUGGGAUACUAAUAGUUUGACUCUUUGCAGAAGGUGAGCAUUAUUUAAGAUGUUAGGCUAGUAUUACCAGUAGAUACCCUGGUAACAAAUGCCUAGGUUUAGGGUGUAUAGACAUCUUGGAUGUCAUAUAUUGAAAGCGGCGAGUUAUGAGUGAAAUCAGAUAGAAGUGUAAAAAUACUAUAGGGGCUUAUAGGGCAGAGAUGUAUGUAUCUAUAUGCAUGUGAGCCAAGUUUGUACAGUGACACAAUUAAUAGGAUGCUCUCAAGAACAUGACAGGCUUUUGGAACUCCAAGGACAAACAUUUAUUCUAGUAUUAGCUUUGAGGUCCAGGGCUACUUUGUCAAAUGUUGGUGUAACUAUUCCCACAUUUUAGUUGAUGUGUGAUGCGGGGAGGACAAAUCCUGCUCUUUGGGGGGGAAAGUCAGUGGAGAGUUGAUUCCAUCUGGUUAGGAAGGCUGUAGCUUAGUGGCAGAGCUCACUUGUUGCAUGUAGAAAGUCCUAAAUUCAAUCUAUAGUAUCUCCAGUUGAAAGAAUCUUCGUUUUGGGCCUUGAAAAGAUCUGCACCCCAAAACAGGAAGGAAUGCUGCCAUUCAAAAUCGGCAUUACUGAACCAAUAGUCGAUCUUCAUUUGAGGCAGCUUUAUAUGGUGUGGAAUAUGUUCUUCUAGUCUGGAAUAAGCAUAAACCCACAUUAUGGUGUGAGAGCUUUGGUUGUGUUUUAACUAAGCCUUGUAAACAUCAAGAUGAUUAAAGGAAUGCUGAGGGUUACAUAUUCCACAUUGUAGGAACUGAAGAAUUAAUUUGGUAUAUGCCCCUUGGAAGUGCCCCUUUAUUUUAUUAUUUUAUUUUGGCAUUAGUUUCUCACCUUCCUCUUGAUAACCCAAUAUUGAAUUUGUGACCUUAACGUAUGGCUGAAAAAGGAGCAAGGAUAGCGCCAAUUGGUAAUAAUGCAGUUUUGAUUCUUAGUACCUUGAAUGAGUAAGCACGGGACGUUUUCCUCCGAAGGGUUACAAGAGGCGAGCUCCUUCUUCAGUCUGAAAGUUAUACCUUCGAAUUGGAAGAUGGAUAUGCGGGAAAUCUUGGAAUCCUCCAGCAGUGAUGAAGAAGAUGGCGGUGAGCCUGGGAGUGAUGAAGAGGAAGACAAAAGAGAACAUAAGGAGGAAGAAGUAGUGGUGAGUGGGUUGGCUUUCCUUUGUACACACGUGUAACUUAAUAUGCUCCACAUAUAACAGAGCUCCUCAAAUGUCAUGUUUGAAAAUAAUUUCAAGAAAAAAAAUUAGCUUGAUCCUGUGGUCCUCCAGAUGUGACAGCUAGCGUGGCCAGUUGUCAGGGAUAAGGGAUUUACAGUCUAGCAACAUCUGGAGGACCACAAGUUUCCUAUUCCAUCUAUAGAUACUUAAAUGGAAGCAAAUACCAAUAUUUUCUGCUGUGUUUGCUCCUAGACGGAGCUACAGAAUGGCUGGUGACACAGUCAGUGGAAGGAGCCAAUGAAAGUUCCACAUUCCCAUGCCCCCACUCUAAGAAGCAUGUCUCCUUUUGGUGGCUGGCUGUUUCUGCCUUUUAAGAGCUGUGAGGUGUAUGACUUCUCCCUGUCCCAAAACUGUUUGGGGGAGUAAGUGCUGCCUAGCUAGCAGGAAUAAAAAGCAAAUAAUAUCCUAAUUUGAUCAUGUGAGAGAGAUCAGAGAGAGUAGCAGGGGAAGAUUUCAGUCCAUCUUUGGAUGGUGUCCCCACUGCAGCUGGAGACUGUAGAAACUGACCUAACAGAUACUGAACACAAGAGGAAUGUUCUUAGCUUUUUCACAUGUUCCUGCGAAAGAGGAUUCCAUUUGUUACUUUGAGCAAUUUCUUUCCAGGUUACUUUCCAUAGGAACAUUAAUGUUGGUUAGAUGAGGGCACAUUUUGAUAAAUACUAGGCUUGAAAAUCUUAAUUUCAGAGAGUUACUAUUUCAGGAAAUUGAAAUUCCUUUAAAAAAACACUGAAGGCGAUUUUGAGUGAGCAACACUGAAGCAUGCUUUUUCCUGUGACAUAUUAUUAUUAUACUGCACAUAAUUUUCUUAAUAGUUGCAUUAUUUUGCGCUCCUGGGAUGCAGAACCAGGAGGAAAAUGCAUGUGUGUGUUAUAGCAGGCACUUCCAACAGGUAGAUCAUGAUCUGCUGGCAGAUCAUUGGACAUCUGUGGUAGAUCACUGGUAGAUCACUGGCUCCCACUAAAAAAAGCUCAACAACUCAACCCCAGUUUUUAAUUCUGAGUAGAUCGCAGUCUCUUGGGACUUGGCCACCCCUGUGUUAUACGUAGUAGACAAUGGCCACAGGAUUGGAGGGAUGGCGAUAGCCUUUUUUUAAUGUUUCUUCUGCAUGUAAUAAUGAUGGUACAUAAGAACAGCCUGCUGGAUCAGGCCAAUCCUUUUCUCACAAUGGCCACCUUGAUCCCUACGUGAAGUCUGAAAGCAGGACCUGAGUGAAACAGCACUCGCAUGAUCCCCAGGGAUAGAGCAGUUGCGGCAAGUAGUCUUUGGUAGCCUGAUCCAUGAACUUGGCUAAUCUUUUAAAACCAUUGAAGUUGGUCAUCACUGUGGGAACGAAUUCCAUAGUUUUACAAUGUACAAUGUAUUUUCUUUUGUCUUUCCUGAAUCUUCCAACCGGGUGGAAUCCUAGGAGAUGUCUGUGGCUUUUUAGUUGAACCUCAUUUUAGUUUAGGACAGCAUUAGAACACUCGAAGGCUACUUAACUAACUCUCAGCUGCGCAUCACUGAAGUUACUGCAGACGAGAUGCAGAUUAUUUUCACAUUAAUGCAAAAUAUGUGUAGUCUGAAGAGCUAAAAUACAAAUAUUGCAGACAAUUGAAGGCAGAAUUUCUAUCCUGAUAUGCUCGAGAGUCAUUGUGCUUCAAGAAGGAGGCAGGCAUUUCCAUACUCAAGUUCCCAAGGUUCAGAUCACAUGUUCGUUCCCCAACCUUACUCCCUAGAAUCAGCUAUCCCCCACCUCACCAGUUAUAGCUAUUGUUCCUCUUAAUUUUAUGUGGUUAUAUUUACAUUAUCGCCUAUCCCAGCUAUCAGUGAUGAAGCCUGAGGACUCCAAGCAAUUGUGGUUUCUCUCAGUACUCUUUCCAGCAGUGAAGGAAUCAAUCUUCAGGGUAUACUGAAGGUAUAAACUUCAGGGUAAACUUGAGUUCCUCUAACUCUUUCUUUCUGAAUCCACACAGAGUGGACUUGGCAUCUUCAAAUAAAGCUGCUUGGGUUUCCCCCCCCAGCAAAUCAUAAUGUUGCUCUUAUAUCAUGGCUUAGAAGAGCUCUUUAAGGCUGCAUCCACGUAAUACAUUUAAAGCACAUUCUCCCCUGACACCCCCUGAAAAAGAAUUAUGGGAACUAUAUAUUAAGAGUGAUGGUUCUUAGAUGGGAGGGAAAUACUUUAAAUUUGUUGUGUAUAUGCAGCUUAAAUCUACCACUGUGUUCUUGAUCUCCUUUCACAGAUUUUGUUUAUUUCCCUCCAAUAAGAUUUGCUUAUUUUUUGUACAUACUUUUAGCCCACUCUUCACCAGAGGGUCCCAGGGUGGGUUACAAAAAAUAUUACAAUUAAAAGGAGUACAGUGCACAAUGUUUAGAUCCUAAAAUAAAACUACAAGACAACCAAUAUCAGAGUAACAAAACAGCAGCACACAGCAAUUCAGGAUGAAUGAGAUAGAAAGAUGCAAGCAAAAAAUAAAAUAAAAAAAAGGUUUUCAUUGAGAGAUCUCUCCUUACACCCCCUCUGAUUUUUUUGAAAAGUGCAGUGCAGGAGUAAAUGGGAUAGUUACCAUGGGGGUCACCAACCUUUUGGGACCUGUGGGCACAUUUGCAACCCAGAGAAACCAUUGUGGAUAUCAAGCACACACCAGAACCUUUUCUAUGGGCAGCAAUAAAUGCUUCUUUCAAGUCUAAUUUAAGCAGGGAGCGAACACUGCAGGUGCCAAGGAAGGCCUCUGUGGGUAUAAGAAGACGUCAGGUGAGCUUCCCUUGGAAAGUGAUUUCAUAACGGUACCAGUACUGAGAAGGUCUGCUCCUUUGCAGCCCCCUCCCUCUCUUCACUUGGCAGAGGCAUAUGGAGGAGGAUCUUAAGGUUUGGAGAGAUAUAUGCGAGAGGAGGUGAUUUUUCAGAUAACCUGUUCCCAUGCUGUUUAGAUCAAAUCCAGCACUACAGAAUUGAGCCCUGAAGCAGAGCCUGUGCAGCAGCCCUGUAGUCAACCUUUGUUAACUUGGGCAGCCAUAUUUCUAGAUGGGGAAUUUAAGAGCAGGAGCAUAGUGCUAGACAGUCCCCGCGCUCACUGUUGGAAAGUAUGGGAGGGCUGGGCCCGGAAUGUGCCCGGAGGUUAGGUUAAAAUAAAAUUUAGUAUGAACACCAGGAAUUAAAUGACUGGCAUAUUUUUAGAUUCAGGUAGGUAGCUGUGUUGGCCUGACGCAGUCGAAAUAAAAAAUUGUCCAGUAGCAGCAUACAGAUACGAAAGCUUAUACCAGAACAAACUUAGUUGGUCUGUAAGGUGCUACCAGACUAAUUAUUAUUAUUAUUAUUAUUUUGACGGCAUAUUUUUGUUUCAGAAGGAAAAAAAAUGUUAAGGAAGCAGUUAACAGGGGGAUACCAAAGUGUUCUUUUUUGUGCUGCAUAGACAUUGCUAAAAUACUUCCAAGUGCUUCCUUCCAGUCCUUCAGACCUCUUAAAUUAAGACACAUUGUUUUAACAUAUUUGGUUGGAGUUUUCAGCAAGCAUAGCAGAAAGCUAUACCAUACAUUAGCUGAUAGAUAAUACUCCAUAACCAUUCAUAUUUCUGGAACCAUUCUUGUCGGAAAUUAUGGCCCUCACUGUUCUUUGGGUAUAAAUUAAGUUUAAUCUGUUGAAUUGUCUCACUCUUUCUUGAGGGUGGAGGGCAACAAUACACCUGUUUGCCUCCUCCUAGCUACAGGGCUGCAAUGCAACAGGUGAUUUAUUAGUUGCUUGUUUCUGUCAUUUGGAUGCUGUGCCAGAACAAAGGUCUCUCAGUGGUUUACAGUAAACAAAAAACAAUGUAAAUAUACAAUAAAAGACACAAAAUAGCUGCAUAAAUACAACAAGAACAAAUAUUACCACACAGCCAAAAUUAAGAACACAGAUGUAAACACAGAUGCCAGUGAAUUAUACAAAUUGUUUGUAUAAAUCAUAUAGUACUAUAGAAAAAUUAUCUUUGCAGUUAACAAUUACUACCAAGGUCAUGGUCUGAAGCCAUAGUGAAAGUUAUACCAAAACAUGACAAAGAUCCUAUGGUACCUCAGCCAUACAGACUGAUUUCUCUGCUAAAUCAAGUUGUUAAAAUAGGGUCCUUCCUAAUUGCAAAGUGAAUAAACAACAUAUUCUACAAAUAUGUAAAACAGGAUCAAACAGGUUAAUUAAACAGGAAAUUACAGCAUAAUGUCAAAAAGCAAAUUGACCAUGCAAUCACAAACAUCAACAAACAAUAUUCUAGGGUAAUAAACUAAUAUGGGAGGAAAGUUCAAAACUUGGAUAGAUUUAUUAUACCAAAGACCUACUGUCAAAGUAUUUAUCAAUAUUUAUGUGCAGCAAGGAGCACAUUAAGGUUGCCCGUUAUCACCUUGCUUGUUUGCAAUCUUGUUUUAGAGCAAUUAUUUGUCUCGGUUAACCACAAUUUUAAAAAAUGACCAAUAACCAAGUAUAGCAAACUAUUGACCUGACUAUUUGGAAUAACCUGUUAAACCUUAGUUGUUGGCUUGAACAAGAGCAUAUUUUCUCCUAUGAACAGGUGGCAACAGCCUUAAUUCAAAGGUGACCACCAUUAGACCACUUUCAGCUAAGAUAUACAGUGGGACAUUUAUGGAUGAUGUAUGGAAUUCUAUUACAAUCUGGUAAAAAUAAGGAAAUUACAAAAUAUAUUUAACACUUUCCCUGUUUUAAAGAAAACAAUUAAAUAAAAGCAAUGCAUGUGCUUUUGUAAUCAAAGAAAAUCUUUAAUAAAAAUUACUUUCAAAAGAGAGAACACUUGCACCCAUUAUAUGUAUAAAAGAAAGUGGUCAAUGGACUUGUUAACUUAGUCACAAGCAGAAUGGGUCUGGAUGGUCUAAAAUACCCCAACAACACUACUAAGUGUUAAUCUGAAAGAAAACUAUUUCAAGACACUCGUUCAAUAGUAUCUUACUCCUUAUAGCCUGAGCAAAAUAUAGUCAAAAUACACAUUGUGGGAGUUGUAAAAAUACAAAGACAGAAUUUUUUUGGAACUGCAUAAAAAUAAAGACUCUGGGGGCAACAAUUUUGAAAAUGAUAUAUGAAAGCAUUGAUUAUACACUUUCAAGGAAUUCAAAAACUGCUCUCAUAUGCAUGCCUUGGUCUGAAGUUAUAAACAACAAUCUCUAAUUGGUAAAUAACUGUUCUGAUAGCAGCAACGCUUUGUAUAGCUUAGCAGUGGGAAAAAUAAAAAUCUUCCGACACUGAUAGAAUGUGUGAGAAAAACCUGGGAGACCAUCCUGAUGAUAAAAUUAGUUUACAAAAGGAACACUAUAUAUUACAAUCAUGAAAAUAAACUUAUUGAGAGGUGAGCCUUACUCGUUUUUUGCAUGAUAAAGCAAGAGAUGAAACACCUCAUAACUUAUUCACAUUCCUGUAGUGCUAUGCAAUCUUCUCCCUUCUUUACAAAAUAACACUUUCUGGCUUAAUAGAAGCUUCAUUUCUGAAAUGUAAAAUGCGAAAUUAAAAAAAAAUAUGUGCCAAGACUAUGUAAGUUACUUCUAAAGCACUGGCAUAAAAUGAUCAAAUUCUCCGCCAAGAACCCUAAUGCUUCUGUUUUGAACCAACUGCAGUUUCUGGGGUGUCUUUAAAGGUAGCAUGCAUGCACACCGAGUUGUGAAUAGUCUAAACUGGAUGUUAACCAGCUGCAAAGUCCUAGAACGGAUGGGGAUUUUGUGGCCCUCCAAAUGUUGUUGGACCUCAGCUCCCAUCACCUCCGACUGUUGGCCAUGAUGACUCAAGUCAACGAGGGUUGGGAUCCAACAUCAUCUGAAGUUCAUCUGAAAACAGGAGCACCAUUUGCUAUAUUGGAUCUCUCUGGCAGGGUGCCAGAGGCCAGGCCUUGUGGGAAAAUGAACCAUUAAUGCUUCUGCCUUAGGUAUGUGGGGCACCGUCUACUUUAUCAGAGAACGUAAAUACUGAAAGAGGGGACUGCCUACUAAUGUAGCCAUGUUGGUUUUUCUGUUUGAAAAGACCAAUUUUGUGCAUCUCAGGUUCAGUGUUACCUGUGCGUUCAUGAAGAGAGCCUUUAGCAAGCUGGUUUCCCCUUGGAUAGUCAUUCUGUGAAAUUCACUCCUGGCUGAAGUCAAAAGGCCUGCUCCUCUUCCUUCCCCCAUGAGCGAUUAUUUCUUUAUUUAAGCUUUCCUGGCUCCCUGGUUAAUCUUACCUUUUAUUCCUCUUGCAACCUCAUUGCACACUCCUUAGAAAUAGUUACAGAUAGGUAGCCAUGUUGGUCUGCCGUAGUCGAAACAAAAUAAAAAAAAUCCUUCCAGUAGCACCUUAGAGACCAACUAAGUUUGUUCUUGGUAUGAGCUUUCGUGUGCAUGCACACUUCUUCAGAUACCAUGCACACGAAAGCUCAUACCAAGAACAAACUUAGUUGGUCUCUAAGGUGCUACUGGAAGGAAUUUUUUUAUUUCCUUAGAAAUAAGUAGCAAUGUUUGGCAUCCCUUCACAAAGUCCACCCUUCAAGGGCAUUAAGUGAUUUUAAUAAAAACUGGAAGAACAAAUUAAGGCUUCAUUCGGCUUGCCAAUCAAAUGUCUCUCUUGACGGUGGUUCUGCUGCUCUCUUGGGUCUCCUCCUGUAACAGUGAUGGGGAACCUGUGACCCCAGACAUUCUUGGACCCUAACCGUCGGCCAUGCUUAUUGAGGUUGAUGGGAGAUGGAGGUCCAGCUGCAUCUGGAGAGCAACAUAUUAAUUCUCCAGUCCUUUUCUGUAGCUUGUGGGUCCUGCUUUUAGGGCUUCAAGACUGGAGCGGGAUUUCUGUGGAGGCAGUUUGGAGAGUGAGCAGCCCGUGUGGCUUCACCUGCUACAAAUGGGCACAUCUGGCAUAGGAGCGGGCCCAGGUUAUAAACAUGGAAGGUUAGCAGCCCGAAUCCCUUGGCCUGACUGCCUUUCGUGCAUGGCGGGGUGGGGACUAUAGUGGUACCUUGGGUUAAGUACUUAAUUUGUUCUGGAGGUCCAUUCUUAACCUGAAACUGUUCUUAACCUGAAGCACCACUUUAGCUAAUGGGGCCUCCCGCUGCUGCUGCGCAAUUUCUGUUCUCAUCCUGAAGCAAAGUUCUUAACCCGAGGUACUAUUUCUGGGUUAGCGGCGUCUGUAACCUGAAGCAUCUGUAACCUGAGGCGUCUGUAACUCGAGGUACCACUGUAUUUCGGAGGAAACAAUGGUUUGUGAGACCCGUUAUUCACGGCGUUCUUCCAUGCCCCAUCCUUGGUGGGCCUUUUUAAAAGCACAUGGCAGGCAAGCACUGUCGCGCCCUUUUGGGGCCUAACCCCAUUUGUCUUUAUUUAAGGCAAGAGAAGCCCCAGAGGUUCAUUGGGUGUGCUUAAGAAAACUCGCAGGUGCUUCUUAAUUUCUCGAUUUCAGUUCUUUUCUUUUAAAAAAGUUAGGAAACGUCGAGAGCCCUCAGUGCAUGUUUUUUCCCGAGGGAAGCAGCGGCAAAGCAUUGCACCGCCCCUGAGGAAGAGCUUGUUCUACUUCGCCUGGCCAAAAUCCUGCAGUUACAUGCUUUUGGGUGUGCGUUUGUUUUAAAUCCAAGCACAGGGUGGUGGUGGUGGUGGUUUGUUUGCUUUUCAAUGGGUCGUUCUUUGUGGGGGGGGUUUUAUGUAGGACAAGCAAUGUGGACUUUGUGGGGGGGGGGGGUCGGCUCUUGAGCCUGCUGGACGAGGAGGAAACUUGGCCGGGCUGAAAGCGCGGCGACGCGGCCGUGUUUCCCUUUCGCUUCCCCCUCGUCGUCUGCGGCCUUGCGAGGCUGCAAACAGAAUGGCUGUUCAUGCUUCGAGGCUGCCUGCGGGGUUGCCAUGGCGACGCACUGUUGGCUGCGAGUGCGCAUGCUCGGGGGCGAGGGGACGAUUGAGCCGAGGCUUUUGGCAGGCUGCCCGGGGAGGCUUACCAGAUGCUUUGAAAUGGGCUGUCUCCUUUCUUCUCCUCCUCCUCCUCCUCCUCUCAUGUAAUGUCCGAUUCCUCCCUUUCCUUGCAUUUACCUAUUUAUCUAUUUAUUUACCUAUUUAUUUGAACGGACCCGGGGGAGAGGAUGUGAGGAGCAAUGCUGCAGAGCGGCGGCGGCUUCGGUGCAGCGAGAGAAAGGGACGCAAAUAUUUGCAAGUUAGGCUGAAGUACAGCGAGGCACCGCGAGCAGAUUAGGUAGAAAAAGCAAAUAAAUAUAUAUAUAUUUUAAAAAAACACCAGUUUGCACUUGGGAGGAAAUCGCAGCACCCGGGUAAGGACUCCUCGCGCGUUCAGUAGGUGUAGCAUUAAUCCAUUUCGGCCCCUGUGCGUGGGGGUGGCUUUUUCUUCUUUUCUUUUUUUGGUGAGGGGUGGGGUUUACUUUUCUUUUUUUUAAGUUUUCUGAUCUCUUCAGCAAUGCAUGUGGCCAUGCAUGUAAUCCUCUUUUUUUCCCCUCCCCCCUCUCCCCCCUUGCAAAAUAAAAUAAUUAAAAAAUGCAUGUAUAGAUAUUUUUUGUUCCUGUGCCAGAAAAAAGAGUGGCUUUUUAAACAAAAUGGAGUCACUUUCCAUGCAAACAUGCCUUAAUACUGAGCAAAGUGUAAGGGCUUGAUCGUUUGUGGAAUGUGGAUUCUCUCUCCUCCUCCCCCCUCCCCCUCCCUCAUGUUGUUAUACAGAGUGAAUAGGCCACAUUUUGCAGGGUGUGAACUGUUGCAAUCUGCGCUAGGGGUUUUUUUGUGUGUGACUGUGUGUGUUAGCAUUUGUAAAUACACCGUUGUCGCAGGUAAGUGAAUGAAGGGCGAUCCCCCUUCUUUUAACCCCUGGGUAAUAUUUUUAUAUGUCGUUGCUUACAACUGAUACUUGGCUCCUAAAGAGCUUCUGCCUUUCAAACAAAAGAGGAGGGAGGGGGGAGCUUUGCUUUUUCUUUUUUUAAAUAAAAACUGCAUUCCUGUGCAUUUCUUUUUAAACCUAACUUGGAAUUAAAAUGUUGGUAGAGACUGGAAGGUAAAGUACACCAGAAAGAGAGAUUAGCAUAGGGGGGAAAUGCAGAAUCUAUUGUUUCAUGUGGCAGGAGAGAACCUUUAUAUAAAAGUGAAGAUAUGGAGAUCAGUCUGGCGGGUGGAACACUGGCAUUUGCUUUUUAUAUUGUCAGCAGAAAUCAUUCUUACUGGAUCAUUAAGUCAAAGUGUUAUAUAUGUAUCUUCUUAAAACCUAGUCCAGUCCUUUCCUCCUCCUCCCCCCCCCAGUCCCCCCACAAGGAAAUAUUCAAGCAUAUUAUGUUAUUAUGUCAGGUUUUUUCUUUUCUUGAUUCAGUGGUUUGAUUCAGAAGUAAAAUGCAGUCCUAAGAAGGGGCACUUCAUCCGGCUUCUCUCCCUGCUAUGUAAAAUCUUUUACAUUUAAAAUAAUGUAAUAUUUAAAAUAACUGGGGUGGAGUUCUGUUCGAAACGGGCUGCGAUUUUUUAUAAACCUGCUUUUGUGCUGAGAUUUUGUCACCUGGUGGUUUUUCUUGCAGUUCUGGCAGUGGAAUGGGCCUUGGGACUGGUAAGCCACCUCUGGAUAAAGGACACGCUGGGUCCAAUCCACCAGUCACGGCUUCACUUGCUCCAGUGGAGAUUGUUUGAGGCUCAAACCCAUGCCCUAUUGAAAUGUAUGGCGCCUGUGUAGCCUCAGCAGUGCUUGGUGUGGAGCUUAUUGUUGUUGCUCCCCUUUUCUGCAUGCAGUUUUCACUGUACCUGUGUAGGAAUUUGAACCCAGAGCUCGGUCAGUGAAAAGAAACCAGUUCCCCCAUUGCAACAUACUACCCCAGGGGUCAGCAAGGUUUACCUCGCCUGGGCUGGUUAACUCCAGCGGAGAUCCCUCCGUGGGCCGGAUCGCGCGGUCGCGAUUUCCUGCACCUGUGCAGAUGCGAUUUUCUGCAUCUGAGCACGCGCAGACGCGAUUUCCGACACCAGGAAAGCGAGUCCCUGCGCUGCGCUUGUUUAGCGCAGCAUGCGGGGACUCACUGAAUGGGCAGCUCGGGGGGCGGCUCAUGGGCCGGUUAAACGACCCCCGUGGGCCACUUGUGGCCCAUGGGCCUUAGGUUGCCUACCCCUGUACUACCGCUUUCCCACAUGGAUAUAUUAAUACGUCAACUAUUCUUAUUCUUACAUAUUUAUUUAUCCUCUGAUUUUUUCCCCUGACAGUACUAUAAGUCCCUUGAACCAUUCAAGUACUGAGUUUCGACCCAGGAAAUGUCUUCCUAGCCCUUGUAGCAAGUUGGCAAUUUAUCUGAAGCGACUUGUAGAAAUGGUGCGUGUGAUGUGGCUUUGGCAUUCUUCUUCCCAAAGCCUGGUUUCUGGCUUUGUUAUUACCGCCAUGUGCAACAGUGCAUCAAGGUACCAUUAUCCAGGUGAUCAGGUUCUUUUUUUGCAGUUGUCCCAAAAUACUGCUUGUUAAUCCUGAGCUUUAAUGAGUUGCUCUUGAGUUACAAUUGAAAGCUUUUGUAUUGAGAUUUUAUCAGGUUGAAAGCUAUUCCAGUUAUUAUUCUCUUGCUCUUUUUCACUUAGCUCAGAUCCAUACCUAUCCCAUUCCCCAGCAGGUGAGGAGGUGAUUUCAGAUUUGGCCAAAAAGGCCAAAUCCGUAUGCAACUCAGUAAAAUAGCAGAAGGCACUUUCUUUCCUCAGAUAUUGUACCCCUUGGAUCCUCUGGUGUGUCCAAAAAUGGGGACCAUGUCCUUUGGCCUUCGUGAUCUUGAAGGACCUUUACAGAGGUUCAGACGGUUUAUCUCAGAGGAGGCAGAAACACCAAAAGCAGCCAUUUUGACUUUCUUCAGAUUUUUGUUUUCUCUUUUUCUUGCUUUUUAUAGUUAUUGGAGAUCUGCCUUAGUCAAGAGCCUAGAUCAGGAUUGGCUAACCUUUGGUUCUCCAAGUGUUGUUGGACCAGCUCCCAGAAUCCCUGACCAUUGACCAUGAUUGAUAGGUCUGGAGGGAGUUGGGAGUCCCAACACCCAGAGGGGGCACCAUAUGGAUUACCCCGGUCUCCAUGCUAAAUUCAGUUCUAAAGCUGGGCUUACAUACGCUACAUGCAUUCGGCUCAAAGAGUUUGGAAAGUGGGGUGGAGGUGGUCAUAGAAUCUGAUGAAACCCCUAGAUUAAGAUUGAAACCAGGGUUCCUGUAGAUGAUUGGUAGCUUUUAGUACUGUUCUUUAUUCAUAUUAUUACAGAAUUUUAUUGGGAGAACAGAUUGUUCCCCAAAGCUUGGAGACAGCUGCGUCUGCAGAAAAAUACACAUUUGUUUAAUGAUAACUUUCAAAAGUGUGCAGGACUUUCAUGUUCUGAAAUUCCUUAACCUUGUAAACAUAAAUUUCCUUUCGGCUGAACAUAUUCAGCGCCCGUGUGACUGACAACAUCUAUACCUACUGCAGCAUAAUAAUUACAAUAGCCAUUUGACUCCUGUGUCCUUGUUGGAAGGCGCAUAACGUUUCCUGCGCAGAAUGGACUUGACUCUCUUUCCAGCAAUUUCGUAGUACUUUGAUAAAAUAAUGCAGUAAAAUAAAAUAGACAUUUGUGGCGCUCUUGUUUAUUUGGAAUGCAAAAACCUAAUUAAAACCUUUGCAGCAUGUUUCAACACCUUGAUACUGACACAGUGUGGUAACUUCAGCUGCCAUUAUAAACCUUUUGCAUAAAUGCUCUAUACUCAUAUUUAGAAUUCUCACUAAAUAUACACAUUCCUCUGAGGCUAUAAAAAGAUGGUUGGGAGGUUCUAGAAACUGCACAUCAGAAGCAAAUUCUGUGUUUAUCUCCUUUUGAAGAAUAACAAACUAUUAAAUUUUCUUGCUAUUUAAAACCCUUUUAAUAUUUAAGGCAGAACUAGGAAUGAGAGGUCUUCCCCAGUGCCAGUAACAUUUCCUUAGUAUUUAUAAUAAUAAUAAUUUGUUAUUUAUACCCCGCCCAUCUGGCUGGGUUUCCACAGCCACUCUGGGCGGCUUCCAACAAAAUAUUAAAAUACAGUAGUCUAUUAAACAUUAAAAGCUUCCCUAGACAGGGCUGCCUUCAGAUGUCUUCUAAAAGUCUGGUAGUUGUUUUUCUCUUUGACAUCUGGUGGGAGGGCGUUCCUCAGGGCGGGUGCCACUACUGAGAAGACCCUCUGCCUGGUUCCCUGUAACUUGACUUCUUGCAGUGAGGGAACCAACAGAAGGCCCUCGGCACUGGAUCUCAGGGUCCGGGCAGAACGAUGGGGGUAGAGACGCUACUUCAGGUAUACUGGACCGAGGCCGUUUAAGGCUUUAAAGGUCAGCACAAACCAACACUUGAUUUGGCUGUUGAUUUCUGCAGGUGCUGGCUAUAUGUGUGGAGGAGGAACCACUCCUCACCAGCCUGAACAAGGGCUCCUGUUUACUUCUCUGGCAACAAAUCAAACUUGGGUCACUUGCUGUACUUCCUUUAUCACUGAUAAAACCAUUUUAAAAGAUUGUAGUUACUAAAGAGAGCCUGUAAUAUUCCACAAGUUCCUUAGUAGCACACAGUGCCUGCAAUUUAGUCCAAGUUACUUGGGAGUAACACCCAAUCUACACAGUGGGGCUUAAACCUUGGGUAGACAUGCAUAAGAUUGUCCUAUGCGUUUGAGAUUUCAAUAUUUUAUUCUAUGCAGAGCAUGGCCCGCAAUACUAAAUAAUUAAAUUAAGAAAACUGCGAUGAACUUUCAUUUUAUUUCUUUUUCCAAGCUGAUGUAAGAAGCACAAAAGUGCAAGUCAAGCUCAUGAGUUUGGGGAAAACAACUCUCCCAUUUUAUUUAAAACUGUAUCCCAUAGCAUCACUGAAUGAAUUUGGCAAUCAUCAAAUAUUAAAAAAUAAGAGUCCUGCUUCCAAAGAGGAAUCUAUAGGGGCUUAUAGCUUUGUUUACAGAUUAGUAGGUUUAAGGCUAAGGGGUUUUCCCAGUGCUCCUAAGGGAUUUUGGCAUUGAAUUUCUGUCCCUGUAUGCAUAAAGCAUAUGAUUUGACACCAAGCGUCAUCCACCCUUUCCAGUCCAAUCCCCAUUUAUGUGAAGCAGGUUAAAUCAAAUGGUGCAUAUUCAGAACUCCAUUCAGCACUUUGCUCCCAAUAAAAAUAAGUGUGCACAAAAGAAACCCUAAGAUUACUUUUAACCAUUUUGCUGUAACAGGAUCACCUUGGUGUAAUAUUUAACAUUUUGCUCAGUUACACCUGACACACAUGCGUUAAACUCCUGAAGUACUUCUGAAGCAUUUUAUUGUGAUGCUGUAAAAUUUAACAUAAAGGCUGGUGCACACAGUCUGUCAGAAAACAAGAAAUUGCAAAGUCUUAAGGAUUCAUGUGAUGCUACUGGAGCCUGUCUGAGAAAUAAACAUUGAACAGAAUGGCCCCUGCAGCACUGUGGAAUAGAUAUAUUUGGCUUUCCUUCCCUCUCCUACCACAAAAAGUGAAAGAAUAUGAACACUAAGUGACUCUAAUAAUGUCAGCCCCCAAAUACUCUCCAAAUAAGCACUUGGGUGACACAACUUAGUUUUUUGUUCAGAACGAAAAGUUCCUUUAGUGAAGGAGAACGACGAUAAAUGCUCAAAAAUAAUUAUGAUUGUCAGUAGAAAUGUUUGUUUGCAAAAUCAUGGUUUGUAGGCUGUCUAGAGGGGAGAAUAACUCCCCCAUGGAAAUAAAUCUCCUUUCCAGGAAUAUUUCUGUCAUUAAUGAUGUGAUCUGGGGUUCUCUGCCGUCCAUCUUCCCCCCCCCCCCCCCCGGGCAUGUAGAUAGAUGCAAAAGUCACUUAUGGAGAGGAGUUACCUAUGUAUCUCAGAUGCAGCUGUCCCAGGAUGUGUUGUAGUCGUUGGAAUCCUGGGCUAGGAACAGGGAGACCAGACUAAGUUCCCAUUCAGCCUAGAAGCCUGCUUGGUGACCUUGGGCCAACAGCCCUCUUCCGGCGUCGCCUGCUACCGCAGGGUAGCUAUCAGGACACAGCGGGGUGGGAACAAUGUAUUCUGGUCCUGCGUUCCUUGGAGGGAGACUGGGAUUGGUAGCUGUCCCGCAAGAGGUGUGAUGCUGCAGCAGCAGAGUCAUGUGUCUCCCGUGCUUGGAUGAGAUUUAAAAAUCUGUCGGCAAACGUGCUGCAGGAGUGAAAGCUUCAUUCUUGGCAUAGAUCGCUUAAUAGGGAACUCGGCCACCAGAAAUUGAGUGGAAACAUGAGAGAGAUACUGGCAUUCUUGGGGGAACCCCAAGGUUUUCAGAAGUACAAGCACCUUAAACUAUGCAGAGGCCGAAAAGCCCAGCGGGGACUGAGCAUGUUCAGUAGCCAGAGAAUGUGUCUUGUCAGUUGAAACCUGGGGGUGGGAGAAGGAGGCAGUGGUCCUGCUGGGGCCUCUUAAAGCAGGGGCAAGGAAGUGGCCCUCCAGGCCUCUUAUCUGGCCCUUGGAACACUUCCCGGGCCACAUCCCUUAUUGGCCCUGUUUCACUUGAACUUUGAUCGUUCCUCUUCCUUGUCUGGAUAGAGGAGAGAUGGGUGUGUGUGUGAAGAAAGCAGUCUGCUGUGCAAAGGUAAAAUUCACAUUAUUUGCUCUGUUUGCUUUUAUUCUGGCCCCUCCAUCUGCUGGCCUGUGGCCCUCAGAAGAUUGUCUGGAAGGAAACGUGGCCCUUGUUGUGCAAAGGGCUCCCUGCUGCUUCCUGACAGCUCACAGAAUCCUGCAGAAGGGUGUAGUUGGCUGGAAAGAACCCUGAACCCAGAGCACUUCUGCUAAGAGAGAAGGGUAUACUUUGUGAGUUGAGAUUUGAAGUAAUGCUGCUUGUGGUUCCAUGACUUUCUAGCUGAAACUGAACAGAGAUUAGUGACUCUAAUAGAGACCUAACUUCAGCUGCUUUUCAGGUUAAUAAGCCAAUCCCUGUAUAUUUUCAGGGGCAGUGGUCUCUUGGGGAUGAGGCCAGGCAUCAGGGUCCCUUCAAAAUGAAGACUGACCACUUGCAUUUAACGGCAGCUCCAGAUCCUGUCAAAUCUCCAUCAGACGUCAACAUGCAAGACACUUUCUAUCAAGUUGCUUGGAUACCAUAUAACGUAUUUUGGUGAAUAGUUCCCUCUUGCCAAUUUUAUAAUACUGUUUUUUUGCAGAUCUGAAAUUUGUCGAACUCGGCUCUCCAUAUGCAAAUGCUUAUGAUGCUGCAAUUAAGGCAAAAGCAUAUACUUUUUUUAAAAAAAGAUGUGUCUCCUUUUUUCUUUUUUUUUUGGCAGCCUGAGGAAGAGCUUGAUCCUGAAGAGAGGGACAAUUUCCUCCAACAGCUUUACAAGUUUAUGGAAGACAGAGGUAAGACUUGACUGCCUUUUAGAAUGAUGGAAGCUCUGAACCUAGUGUGGAAGUGCAUUUUAACAGUGCUAUAUUUACUGAUUGUGCCGAAUGCUUGUGAUGUGCUCUGAAUGCUAUUGAGACCACAUUCCUGUGCAUUCGAGGGGAAGUCCCAUUGAACUUGGAGACAUUUACUUCAGAGUAGAUGUGCAAGGCAUUUGGGCUGGUGUUUACAAACGUUAAGCAUCACCAUCACCUAAAACGAAUCCUCUUAAGCAAUCUUACUGUAGUAAUGAGUUUGCAGCAGCAUGCGAGAGAAGCGAGGCAUAGGUAUCUGCAGGUAUGUGGGACCCUUUUUUGGGUGGAACAUGGGCACUGCCAGAUGACCAAUUUAUUGAGCAUUCAUCCCGACUUGUUUGCAGGGAGGUUAUAAGACAUUGCAUCAAAGCAAGUGUUAUCCCGUGUCUUUCCUUACUGCAAAAUUUCAAUCUUUGGGGGAAGUGGGUUUGUUGUGCAGGACCUCUCAACCAGCUAUAGUUGCACAACCUGAAUUUGCCGGUAUCUGACAGAGUCCCACCUGAGAAUAGCAAGCAUCUGAAAACCCCCUAUAUGUGUGCACCAACAUCUUGAAGUAUACCCAGAAGGUUAUAGAAAGCCAAGUAUAGAAACGUGUUAUAUGUUGAUCUUGAAUUUACAUGAAAACCAAUACAAAUUAUUUGUAUUUGGAUUAAAACAAAAAAAAAAACCACACGCUGUAAUGUGCUCCCAGUGACCAGUUCUUCCAAACUUGAUCCACUGUGCUUGGUGCAUGUUGUGGCUUCACCUUUUCAAGGGCCAGGCUUCCAUCAAGUUUGCUGUGGGUAGUCUAGGUUCAAGAACACAAAAGAUUAAAAGCUGGCUUGUCAGGUCCAAAUCUGUUGCAGUAUCAAUGAAAUACUCCUUAUAUUCACUGCAACUUGAAGUGCCAGGCAGAGUGAUAGCAAACUAAAGCGCUAUAUGCUGUGAAAGCAGCAAGUGAGCAUGAUUGUUUGCAAUCAUGUUGUUAGCCAAUUUAAACCUGUUGUUAUAUGUUUGCGUUGAACUGAUCCAAGGUCAAGGGGUUUAAUUCGCAUGAAUGUUCUCACAUUGAAAAGGGGAUAUUAUUAUCAUUUAUUAAAAUUGUUUUUAUUUAAAUUUCUACUGCCCUUCAUCCAAGGAUCACUGGGCAGUUUACAAUAUUAGUGUUUCGGUUUGCCUGGGAUUCUGAGGUUGGUUUGCAACUAAACCAUCUUAAGGUUGGUUGAAAAGGACAGAUAAGACAUUGAAUUGCCUUCCUCAGUGCAAAUUGUUGUCUGUUCAUCACCAGGAUGAUGAAGAGAAGCUUGCUUGUAUUUCCAGGCUGGUAGAAGUUAGCUUAUUAGCGUUAGUCAAGGCUUCAAAAAUCUCUUGCCUCAUGCAGCUACAAAUUCUGAAAUGCAUAAAAUUGCUCAUUUUUAAUCCUUGGCAACAGUUCUUGGCUGAUGUUGCUGUCUCAUGUAACAUCUGUCUCCAAUACAGUGUAAAAUACUGGGCAACUAAUUACCGUUGCUGAACUAAUCUAAUACCUCAUGGGAGGAGAAGCCCUAGUUCAUUUUUGUUUGUGGGAAGUCCCUGGUUCAAUCCGUAGCAGCUUCUGUUAAAAAGAUUUCUGGUAACACAGUGCUGGACUAGAUGAAUCUGUGCUCUCUGUAUAAGGCAACUUCCUGUAUGCUCAUAUAUUAAUGUCUUGCUGUGGGUAGCAUAGAUCAACUGCCUAGAGAGGUCCUUGAGAUCCUUGCUACAGAACAGGAUCUGUCUAGGAAUGCUUGCUUUGGAUGCUCUCUGCUGGUAAAUGAUGGAAAUGAAAAUGACUUCUGGAGAUUUCUCAUUUGGAUUUGACAUUUAAUUUCCUGGCAUUAUGCUCUGAAAAUCUUAAAAUCUCAAUUACCAGUAACCAUCCAUAAUAACAGCAUGCACAUAUUUAAGGGUGGUCGCCUUCAUGGGGCCACUGCAUAUUUUCAUUUUCUAUAAUAAAUCCUGGAUUGCAGAUUAUAUUUUUGCAGUGGCGGGGGGGCUGUAUUUAUUUUUUCAGUUUGUAUACUGCUAAUUGCAGUUGUCUCUAAGCGGCAUACAGGAGACACAAUGCAAUGAGACUAAAAAUGAGUUAAAACAUAAAAUAAGAAUUGAAUGAAAAUACCUUCUAAAAUUCUUUUUUAAAAGGAUUCGGUAAGCACUGGAAGUUCAUUAGGAAGAAGGCCUGUCUGACACCAGCUAAUAGAGAGUUCCACAAAUACUGAGCAUGCAGAUCCUUAUGGCUAUGAGCCAUGGGGGACCAUGCUGAGAUUCUUGCAUUGCAGGAGGUUGGACCCUAGAUGACCUUUUGGGUCCCACCUUGCUGUACUAUUCUAUGACCACCAACAGUGACUCCACUGAAGACUUUGGUGAUCAAGCAGAGAUACAAGGGCCUUAUUUAGGGCCUUGUAAAUUAUUACAAGACUUUGAACCUGUCCCAGCAUCAUAUGGGCAACCAGUGUGACCUUCUGAGUUCUGAAGGACUCGGUGCUGGGGAUUGCCUGUCCCAAUCUACCAUCCACAGUGUUUUGCACCAAUUUGAGUGGUUUUCUAUAGUUGAGCCUUGGUCCUAAUUGAACCUAAUAAAAUAUUAGGCUGCAAUCCUGAUUCCACUUUCCUAGAAGUAAGCCCCAUUGAGUUCAGGAGGAUUUGGUUCUGAGUAGACUGUUAAGAUUGUGCUUUUAAGCUCUUAAUGGUCAUUUCACCCUCCAUUUUUUGCUGCUUGUAUCCUCAACUCUUAAAAAAAUUAUUCCUUAUUUGCAAAAAAUGAUUCUGUCAAAUUACUAAUUGAUUGUUGAGUCUAUUUAUGCCCCACUCCGGAAGGGAGAAGAGGUUGGAAUUUCCAUUACCUUUAAAGGUGACAUUUAACUUGACACAUCAUUAUCUCAAAGCCAGUCUGUAUCCUAUUUAGAAGAAUCUGUUUUACAAAGCAGGCACCAGGUAUCAACUUCUGCUUCGAGAUGCUCACAGCCAAGCAGUUAGAAGAAGCCUAUAAUGUAGCCAUGCAAAUAACUUACCAGCCAAAUAAUAAUAAUAAUAAUUCACUUCCCAAUAUUUGUUGAUUGAUUGUGGUCUAGUAGGCUGGAGGGGAAUAAUGGGACCAGCUUGGGUGCCUGGAGAUGACAUCAGGCAAGUGGCUAUUUAUAAGCUGUAAAGUGUAGGUAUGUGCUUUAGAGUAAAAGUGCAAAGCCUGUGUAAUAAAUGCUUCUUUUGAUAUCUCUUUUAUAUUAAUUAGGAACUCCUAUCAAUAAGCCACCUGUUCUGGGCUAUAAGGAUCUUAACCUCUUCAAACUUUUCAGACUGGUAUAUCAGCAGGGUGGGUGUGACAAUGUAAGUAUGGCAUUUCUUAAAGCUAGCCUUUAAUUUCAAGCUAACAUUGUUUUAGUUUUCUAUUUAAUUUAUAUAUGUGCACUACUGCACUCCUAAAAUACUUCUCUACCUCCCGCACAGAUUGAUAGUGGAGCCGUAUGGAAGCAAAUUUAUAUGGACCUUGGCAUUCCUAUUUUGAACUCCGCUGCUUCCUACAAUGUAAAAACUGCUUAUAGAAAGUAAGUAGUCUCUCUUUUUAUUUAAGGUACAACUGCUCAAAACUUACUUAGACCCGAAGGAAAUCAUAAGUAGGAUUUGGCAGGGGGAGGAGGCAAUAUAGACAAUAGCAAGGGGGAAUAUCACUAACAAUAACUUCAUGGUGCUGUACAGGUUUUUAGCUGCUGUACAUUUUUCUGUCUUGCUAACCCCGCAGUCCCAACUGCUUUCUGCUGUGGCUAACAACUUAAACUUCCAAAUGUAAUAUUACAUUUAAAAGCAAAAUGGUAAGUUGGCAGCAGCUAGAAUUUAUGGCCUCAUUUGGGCAAUCAUAUUUCUGCUUAGUUAAGCCCUAAGUACAAACAAGGCUUGCAUCUCCUCCUAUAAUCCCUCUGCUCCUCCCUUUACAGAAGCGAGCAAGCAAACUAGGAGAGAGACUUCAACUUAACUUAGAGUUUUGCAUUUUGUCCAUACUAGGAAAUGGUGAUUAAAUGGCUUCAGAACAAAACAGGAUAUUAAGCCAUGGUUUGAAAUUUUAUAGUUUCACCUUUUUCUCUUUUUUUAAGUGUUGAGCUUCUUGUACCCUGCUUAGAAACUAUUGUAAUUAAGUGGUAUAUAGAUCGUAGAAAUAAGGAAAUCAGUACGAAUGACAUGGGGAAAUUGUAGCUAACUGAAGACUUCCUCUUGACUUAUUUAUUCAUAAACCGCCCUUUAUCCGACAAUCCCAGGGCAGUGUACAACAUUAAAAACAUAAUAUACAUAGCUUAAUAACAAUAAAAAAACCUUUAAAACAAUUGCAGAAAAAAGCGUAUCAACAAUUCUCCCCACAUUUAAAAUGCCAUAGAUUGUGUAAAGAGGAAUGUUUUUGCCUAGCACCUAAAAACAUGUAAGGAUGGUGCCAGGCUGACCUCUCUGGAGAGAGCAUCCCACAGUCCGGGAGCCACCUCAGAAAAAGCCCCUUUUCUUGUACCUCUCGGGGGGCGGGGGACAGACAAAGAAGGGCCUCAGGUGACAAGUACAGGAUCUGGGUCGGUUCGUACUGGGAGAGGCAAUCCUUACUUGUCAUCUCAAGUGAAGGAGCUGCAUGCGUGACCACAAGGCUCAUUCAUAUCUCUGCUUAUUACCCUAGGAUACGGCCACCCGAGCCAGCCUAAUAAGAAUCACAUUUCCAAGAGUCCUCUGUGCACUGAGCAGCCAUAUGUCAGGACACCAGGAAGACAGAGAGAAACCUUCUUCCCACUAGGACUGAGGAUUAAAAUGAGAGGGUGGCGUGGGGGAACGAUAGCGCUGCAAUUGUUGGGAGAAUUAUUCUGUAGAUCAGAACCUCCUCCUGAGUUAGAGCAGAACUUGAGGGUGUUAAAGGAGUGCGCGCUCUCCCUCUGUGCUUCCUAGGUGAUGGAAAAAGCCUUAUUUUAUUUUUACAUUGCAAAUAAAUUCCUUUUCCGAAACCUGUAGGUAUCUUUAUGGUUUCGAAGAGUACUGCCGGUCUGCGAACAUUCAGUUUAGAACCAUCCACCACAAUGAACCAAAAAUAAUAGAAGCAGUACAGAAACCAGAAGAGCCAAUGGAGGAAAGUGUAAAAGAAGAGCCAGAGAUGUUCCCCAUAGAGGUUCGCAAUGAGGAGGAUGAAAACGAUUGCAGCAGUGAAAGUGAAAAAGAAGAAAUUGAGCAGAGGUCUCCUAGGGUAAGGUCCAUCACUUAGAACCUUGUGAUAUUAAUUUGUUAUGUUCAACUUUGGAAUGGAAAUGUGUUCCUAUAUGAUUAGUUCUAGAUAUCUCUUUCUACUUUUAUUUUAUCUGACAUCUGUUAUACCUUGCUUGGUUAAAAAUAAAUGGAAAGAAAGAAAAAGUACAGUAAAAAAGGAGGUUCCUACUCUUGCUUUCCCAGCAGGGGUUUAAUUAACCAGCUAUAGGCCAAUGAGAGUAAGCUAAUGUUUAUUCUGGAAAAAGCUGGCAGCUCAUUUCCUCCUACGGUUUCUCAGUCCUGUUUUCCUCAUGGUUGUAUCUUUUGCUGCUCACGCUGCUUACGUGGUAACAGAAUCCAUGUUUUUAGAUACCUAUUCAUAAAGCUGUGAUGGUGGCUUUCAGUUAUAUAUUUUGCUUGUCCGUGAAUUCCCUGAUGCGCCGCUAGUCAAGGAAAAAAGCUUUAACUUAAUACUGCAGCAAUGCAUUGUGUAAUCCUAUUGCCUUGAAGGCAGCAACGCAGUUUAAACAGCAUGCUUUCUUCCCCCUCUCCCCCAAACCCAAUAGGGACGAAGGAGACUUGUUCGUGAUGUCACUGUCGCUAAAAAGGAAGGCGAAGAUGAUAAAAUGCCGGACAAACUAAGAGACAGCAACAAGGAGAACAAAGAUGUAGAAGACAUGUCCAGUAAUGCAGAAAAAAGGGAAAAUGAGCUGCCACUUGGAAGCAGAAAGACCACACCAAAGCAAAAGGAAAAGAAAGCAAAAAAGGAAGAGGAAUCUGACAAGGAGUCAGAUGAAGAGGAGGACAGGAGGCAAGAAAUAUGUCUUUACUUCUUCUACUUUUUGUCUGAUGCUGUAGCAUGCGAGUGUAAAGUCUUGAAAUUGGACACCUGGUGAAAAUGACCCUUAAUCCAUGUUAAAUUGCAUCUCGAAUGGUGUCAUUUUAUAGGGCAGGCUCAGUAUAAGAAUGUAAAUGGACAAAGGCUUCAUCCUUUUUAAAAAGCUUGCGGCUAACAAAGAGCUUGGUAGUACGAUGGCUCCAAGAGGAAGGAGGUUAUAGGAGGCUUCAGUGCCAGGGUUCGGGAAUCUGUGCACCUCAAGAUGUUGGACUACAACUCCCAUCAUCCCUGAAUAUUGGCCAUGGCAGCUGGGACCAGUGGGAGUUGGAGUCCAGCAAUACCUGAAGGGGCCACAAGUUCCUGCAGUAGCUCUACACAAAAUUCCUGCCUUUUCUUUGGCGAAAUAAAUAUAUGCCAAUUUCCAUAGUUUCCCAUUACCCGUAGCCUAUGAAUCUUUGUUGUAGUUUAGUCAUGUCCGACUCUUCAUGACCCCAUGGACCAGAGCACGCUAGGCACUCCUGUCUUCCACUGCCUCCCGCAGCUUGGUCAAACUCAUGUUAGUAGCUUCGAGAACACUGUCCAACCAUCUCGUCCUCUGUUGUCCCCUUCUCCUUGUGCCCUCCAUCUUUCCCAACAUCAGGGUCUUUUCCUGGGAGUCUUCUCUUCUCAAGAGGUGACCGAAGUAUUGGAGCCUCAGCUUCAGGAUUUGUCCUUCCGGUUAGCACUCAGGACUGAUUUCCUUCAGAAUGGAUAGGUUUGAUCUUCUUGCAGUCCAUGGACUCUCAAUAGUCUCCUCCAGCACCAUGAUUCAAAAGCAUGAAUCUAGGCUGCCUUAAAGCAAAAUCCUGGGGUGUUCAGCUUUAGCAAAAAAAAUCCCUAUCUAAGGUGACUUCCGGCAGCAUAAUCUGUGCUUGAGCACAGCUUAUUCAUCAGUUCCAUCAGAAGGGAACUUUUUUUAGAAUAUGGAUAAGAAGUGCUGUUGUGGUGCUGGGCUGUACUAGGCAUUUACAGAAGGCACUUUGAAAGAGCUUCUUGUAUAACAGUAAUAUAUUUGUGUGCAGGGUUCUGUAAGAUGUAAUAUUCAAGUUGAUGUAGCUAUUAGGAUUGCCCUGUUUAAUCCAGUUAGAUUUAUUUUAUUUUUAAAACUUUGAGUUGAUAAAAAGGUACGCCUGGUUUUAUUGGGGUUUAUUUAUUUACAAAAUACGUAAUAAAAACUGAAGGUAGCAAGCACCACCUAAGGAGCCAUUUCUCCUUCCCCGCAUACACAGGAGAAAUAACUCUUCUAAGAAAAUAUACUUCUUUUACCUAUAUUCAGGUUUUAAUUGAUUGACUAAAACACAUGAUGAUUUGAUUUGAGUGGGUUGCUGCUCUAAGUCCUGUGCAUCCUUUGGUUUCUCAGAUAAUUGUUUGGGUACAAAUGCAAGGUGGCAUUAGAACACCAUGCAGUUAAAACUGAAUGAGCCAUUGGCUCAUGGCUCAUUUGCACAGAGAGGUUUGCAGAGCAGGUUAGCAAACAGAAUAGGCCGGAACCUAGGAUAUUUGCUGUUUUCACUGAAGUGCAUUCUGGAGGGCUGGAGGUGAUAGGCUAAAUAGAGCAAAGGCAAAUUGAGGAGCAGGCAAGACUGCUUUGAAAAGUCUGAGGAAGAGAAUUAAAAAUCCACAAUAACAAUGCAUAAUUUUCAAUGGAAGCUGACAGAAAUGAGCCAGUUGUUUAAAUAUUGCAUUACCUCCAGUCAUUCAUCUGGAAAUGUCAUGGUACAUCAGAAUAACAAGUUAUGCAAGAAACUUAAUGCCCCCAAAUCUUCUGAAUAUUAUUCUUUCAAUAACUCCUUUGCAAGGGACCAUGAGGAGAGGAGCCGUGGGUGGAGCACACAUUUUGCAUAUAAAAUAUCCUAGUUACAGUCCCUGAAUUCCCCAUUUUAAAUCUCUGGUGGCUGGAAUCUGAAAAACGGUGACCUGAAAUAUUGCAAGCUGCUGCUGCUAAUCAGGAGUAUUAUUGUUGUUAUUAUUUAUUAAAUUUAUAGACCACCCUUCAUCGGAGGAUUACCAUACGUUACUGGGAUACAUAGACCAGCAGCCUGCCUUGUUACAGAGCAGCUUCACGCAGAUCCACAUCUGCUUUAGCUUCUGCAGUGCUGCACUCAUUAAUGCUCCCGUACCGUUUGCUGUGCCUGUCUCUUGAGUAACAUCAGUGGUGCAUAUAGGCACGCACAGCACAGAUCUGUCUAAUGCACAAAUGCCCUUUUCUUGGGGCCGCUCCGCUUUUGUGUGGGAAAUUGCACAUACCCGGCACGCGUGUCCUCACCUGUGACCAAGGCGCUCCUGCAGACCAGGUGGGGAUCUGCCUUAAGGGCCCUGGGUUUCUGAUUCUGGGAAGGACAUUAAAUGAAGUUGCUGACCUCCAAGGCCGCGUUCCACCUCCAAUGUCAGAGACCGCAUGCAUCUGAAUACCAGCUGCUUGGAACUGCAGGUGGGCAAGGAGCAGCUGCACUCAGGUCCUCCUUGCAGGCUUCCCACAGGAUACUAGACUAGAUGGGCCUGAUCCAAUGGGCUCAUCUUACACUCUUACUUUUGCUGCAUGUACCUGUACAUGUACUGUACAUACUUUUGCUGCAUGUACCUGUACCUGGAGUCCUGGUGAGUGCUGUGUCUCUGUGGGCAGCUGAAUGCAAGCACAUGCUUUAUUUUACACUGUGUGUAUAUUUUCCUACAUGUAAGUGAUUAUCUGAGAGGCAAAUACCUGUUGUUGUUGUUUAGAUUUCUAUACUGCCUUUCAUCAGAAGAUCUCAGGGCAGUUCACAAGACAAAAGCACAAAUAAAUAGUUGAAACAAACAACAAAACAAUAUCCCCACCUCCCACAAACACAUUUAAAAUGCUGUAGGAUAUUGAUCAGCCAAAGGCCUGGGUGAAGAGGAGCGUUUUUGCCUGGCUCCAUGGGUGUUCUCUGCCUUGAGGUUUUCCUCCUGAACUUUGUAUGGGGUGCAGCAAUCUAGCUAAAGGUGGUGUAGGGAAAGAGAUGAGGCAGGUUCACUUGUUCGUGAAAAGCCUUUCUUUAACUAGUAGGCAGUCACUUGAGAAAAGUACUCAGCAGUAACAAAUUAAAAUGAAUGUCAUGAAAAGCUAAUCGCGACUUGCAUUGGGAUUGACUUGAGCGCUUCCCAUCAGCUCCACUGUGGCUCUGUGGGAUUGAUUAGGUGCUUGCACAAGAUUCAUUACUUGGAAAAGUGCACUUUUGCCUGGAUUCAGUUGCUGAGUCACUUUCAUUCAAGGCAGAGGUUGGCACUGCUGCAUUGCCGCCAUGCAAGCAUAAUGUAAGUGAGGAGGAUCACAGCUACUGCCCACGUCUGGCCUCUAAUUAGUUUGCAUCCUGUUACCUGUCUUGCUGCAGGGAAGAACUUGAAAACCGAGGAGAAUCGGAAGGAGAGGAGGGCGACGAAGACACAGAGCCUUGCCUAACGGGAACCAAAGUGAAAGUAAAAUACGGCCGUGGCAAAACUCAGAAAAUUUACGAAGCCAGUAUUAAAAGUACAGAGAAUGAUGACGGAGAGGUUUUGUAUUUGGUGCAUUAUUAUGGCUGGAAUGUAAGGUGAGGAGAGAAGAAAGUCAACCUUGUAAUCUUGUUUUGCGGUCAUAUUGUAGUGGCAAAUAAAGGUUCAGGUGGACUACUUGAGGCCCUGCAGGCAGGUGCCUUCAGUCCUGCUGAUCCUCCUCUUUUAUGCUGGUGUGCUUUGAUCAGGCGUGAGCAUCGUCAAGUGUUUUGCCUGGGCUGUAUUAGGAGCUGCUUCAUGCAGCCAUUUUUAAAAGUCAACUUGGGAUGAGUCAGUGUGCCCCAAAAAGGUUCGCUUAGGGAAAUGAUACUGUCAAGAGUGCCCGCACGUGGUAAGAUUUGAUGGAUGGCCUCUUGUUUACUCAGCAAUGUUAAAUGAAGACAUGGCAAACCUUUGAUGGUUUCCCUUUUCUUUAUGGGCACAAUUGAACACUAAGGGCAAUAUGCAGGAGCAGGUGACACAGUGGGUCUGGUUGUUAACCAGAAGGUUGGUGGUUUGAGCCCACCUAGGGACGGCUGUGGCAGAAUCCCUGCAUUGCAAGGGGUUGGACUAGAUAACCCUUGGGGUUAUCUAUACUGUACAGUUCUAUAAUUCUGUUACCAGUGCAAGGGUUUCUGCUUGCGCAGUGGAACUCCCCCUCUCUUUCUGCCACACACCCACUGUUCUGGAGUGUUCUCCAACCUUCUAGAGCAGAUUUGGGGAGGUAUGGGGCACAGAGCAAGGGAAAAUCUGUAAAGCAAGAAAUAAGUUGAGAUACAUUUAUAUAUAUAUAUAUAUAACAAAUAAGUCAUUGGACAGUUUCUUUAUUUUGGAAAAAAAGAAAUUUAUUUUACACCUAGAAGCAUUCAAUAUCUGAAAUGACUACUGACUUACUGGAAAUGUUGGGAUGUGCUGUUUAUAGUUCACCUACUAACUAACCCUUUAAAAUUAAAAACAUUUUUGGGGGUAUGGUGCAAGACUUCCUUUGUAGGCUUGAAAUCUAGGGGUGGGGAUGCUUUUUUGGGUGAGGUUCUUUUUACAAUUAGCCUUUGCUCUAAAGCCAUUUUUAACAGGAGUAAUAAUUCUGCAUGGUAUGUUUUCCGUAGAUACGAUGAAUGGGUGAAAGCCGAUAGGAUUAUUUGGCCUGUGGAGAAGGGAGGCUCAAAGAAGAAACAAAAGAAAAAAGCAAAAGUAUGUAGCAUUAUUCAUAAGCCUUAUUUUUCUAAACAACCUUUUUAUUUUCAGAAAUGGGACUUUUCCCUUUCUGAUUACCCUUUCUUUCUGUAAAUCCUUUUAAGAUAUGUUGCACAGUAGUAAAAUGACUAUUCGUAUGUAUCUGUGUUCAGAGUAAAGAAGAGAGUGAAAAAGAUGAGAAGAGAGAAGAGGAGAAGCAAAAGGUGAAACGGGGGCGCCCUCCUCUGAAAUCGACUCUUCUCUCAAACCUGUCGUGUGGUCUGCCCAAAACUCCUAAUAGCGAAAGUAAACCAGGAGCCCGAAACUCGCGCGGCAGCCUGCCAGAUUGCUCACCCUUGCCUAAUGGGACUGAAGGUAUUUCCAGUUCAGGACUGGUAUUUUUGGUGCAUGGUUUUUUACAAAGGCUCUUGAACAAGCAGCUAAUGAUGCUCUUUAGGAUGGCAAAUCUUUUCUUCUGAUUUAAAAGGCAUGAGGUGUAAAGCAUAAUGUGCGAAUAAUAAUAAUAAUAAUAAUAAUAAUAAUAAUAAUAAUUAUUAUUUAUUAUUUGUACCCCGCCCAUCUGGCUGGGUUUCCCCAGCCACUCUGAGUGGCUUCCAACAAAGAUUAAGAAUACAUUAAAAUGUCACACAUUAAAAACUUCGCUGAACAGGGCUGCCGUCAGAUCUCUUCUAAAUGUCAGGUAGUUGUUUAUCUCUUUGACAUCUGAUGGAAGGGUGUUCCACAAGUAAUGGAGACAGACAGACACACACACACACACACACACACUUGGAGAAUAAAUAAAACCUUUUCUUUAUAGUGUUCUUGCUCCCAAUCACUGAUACACUCUCUUCCUUUAAUUUUUAGGAAUGUCUCGCAGGCAAACAAGACGUAGCUCAGGAAUGUUGGAUUCUGACAGAGGGUCAAAUGGUGAGUAGAUUUUUUUUUUCAUAUGUUGUGGGAAGAUGUAUUAUGAAAUCUGGGGAGGGGGGAUGUACGGCAAGAGGAUUGAGACAGGACACUACCUGCAGUUGGGGAGAGGAGCAAUACCUAUUGCUUCCACUGGCUCUUGAUUACAGCCUUUCAUGGUGUAAAACAAUGUGAAUCUCAUAAACAGAUUCUUCAUGCUUCUAAUGAGGCCUAUUGUACUCUUGAGACAGAGAGCAGAGGGUGAAAUGCAGCUGCGUCAUUAGGUAUGAAAUACUCACACUUUACAGAAGUUUAACCUUCUGAAUACUCCCAUCUCCCCAGUCCUCAUUAGCAACGAGAGAGGAGCUGUGCUUUUAUAGACACUUUCAAACUGUACCUUUGUUCUAGCCUACUUUCUUUGUAGCUUUAUUGAAAUAAUAUUUCUCUUUAGCUUAUGGGGGGUAUCCAACUAAGGUGACAUUCACACAAUACGUUUAAAGCACUAUGAUACCAAUUUAAGUAGCCAUUCUGGGAGCCAUAGUUCAUUAAAGGUUCUGAGUGGAGACGUAUUCCCUUCACAGAGCUACAUUUUCCAGAGUUCCCUGUGAAAGAGGGAUUGCUAAACUACUCUGGGAAUUGGCCUCAGUCAUAAGAAUAGAAUGAUUGAAAUCAAUGGACUUUGAAUGACUUAAGUGCUGAUACCAACUUUCAUAUGAAGUUGUGCCUUGACUACUUGUUCUGUGCUAUGUAUUUUUUUGUAGAUUCGAUUUCAUCUGACAGUGAUGCGGAUGAAGCGUCUGAAAAGAAUGCGAAUGAAGAGUUUUCUCCAGCCAAUUCCGACCCAGAAAAAGAUGAGAAACGAACAGUUGAAAAACCUGAUGAAGAAAUCCCAAAGAUCUCGCUUGUGCUGAAAGAGAAUGACAGGAAUCAGCUCCACCCUUUGGAACCUUUGAAACUAGAAGUUGAAGAAAACGAACAAGUGGUUCAGAUUUUUGGAAACAAAAGUGACCAAGUAGAAGAUAUCAAGAGAGAGAUGGAAAAAUCACCUAGAGCAAAAGGACGGCGGAACAGAACAAGAGACCCCUCCCUGGAGAAUGUAAAGAGCACGCCACUAAACCAGGAAGAGGCAGCAAGCGAACAUCUCUCAGAUUCUGAAAGAUUAGACACGUCGUCCUUGGACAGUAAAGGGCUGAGCACCCCUUCUGAGAAUGAAACAGAUCCUUGUGCAAAAGAUAAGAAGCUUUCGAAAAGGAAGACGGCAGAACAGCCAUCCCCCGACAAGCGGGUCCGGCUGGUGGGCGAGAUGGAAGUGCCAAAUAUCGUGUCCGAGGGGAGGACAAAUGAAUGUUCUGGGACAGAAGAAUGUAAGGACUUUGGUGCAGAUGACUCACUCAGAAACGAGAACGAAGAAAUGCCGUCACUGGUGGCAGAAUCCGAUCAGCGUCUUCAGGGUCGGGGAGGCGAACACUUCGAUUGUUCCGAGGAAAACCGCAACCCCGCACUGAAAGACGAGGACGAUUCCAUGCCUCAGAUCGGGCCCGAAACUCUCCUCUGCCACGAAGUGGACUUGGACGACGUGGACGAAAAGGACAAGAUCGGGCCUGAAAAGUUCAUAGCAGAGAAACCGGACUCCAGCCACCCCACUUCGAACCCGCCUGCCUUACCUCCCGUGGUCCAGCCGAACUUCUCUGUGGCCUCUCCUCUCACCUUAAGUCAGGAUGAAUCACGGAGCAUCAAGAGUGAAAGUGACAUCACCAUUGAAGUGGACAGCGUGGCUGAAGAGUCUCAGGAAGGUCUCUGUGAGAGCGAGUCUGCCAAUGGGUUUGAGGCUUUCACUACUACUUCAAGCAAUUGUAGCAUCGCCAUCCCAGAAAGGGAGAUCGGGGAGAGGGGUAAGUGCCAGCUUCUAAAUGGGAACUUCAUUUUGAUGCUUCCAUAAAGUGGUUUUUGUAAUCCACAUGGAGGUUUGCUUACAAUCAAGCAAAAUAUAAUUUUUGUUAAAUAAAGUAAAAUCCCUCUCUUCCUAAACAUGCUGAAAGCAUGACUUGCAAAUACACUGAAGGAUUAGAAGCAAGGAGUCACAUUUUGCUUAGUCAUUCAUUCAUUCAUUCAUUAUUCUAAUUUUAUUUGCAACAUAAAUCCACCACAACUCAAAUAAACAAAUCCACCACCAUUAGACAUGAACAUAACAUAAAAUAAACAUAAAACGAACGACAAAAUAAAAAUCUUCUUUUAUCCUGUACAUGGCCUCUGUAUUUACUUCUUAUAAACGGUUUCCUUUAUGAAUUAUUAUUAUGAUUUUUUUCAAAUUAUGACUUCUGAAACAAGUCCAGGUGUGUAUUUUAGGGCACUGUUUUGUAAAGUAUUCUUUACAUUUACAAGUAUUCUUUACAUUCUUUUUGAAAUUCUUGUCUGGGGAGUCCCCUAAUUACCUCUUGUUAAUCUAGCCAAUUCGAUAUAAUUUAGUAAUUUAUCCUGCCAUUCCGUUUUUGUUGCUUAGUCAUUUAUUUUUAUCCCAUCGAGGCAGCUAAGAAUAAAAUGGGGGUUUGGGAGCAGAAGUAUUGGAAUUGGCUGCUGCUUGUAAACUAGCAGCACUUCGCUAUCCAUCAUCAGGAGUCCCCAGUUCUGGUAGCCAUGGCAAGUGUUCCCCUUUGCCCAGCCUGCAUUUCAGUGAUGCUCAGAGCAGCUGGAAGUUCGACACAGCUUGAGGAGAUGACCCCAAUUCCAAGCUGGAGAAGGGAGCAAGGGCCUGUCCUUUUCAUGCAGUUCCUUAGAGGCUCAUUGCAAAAAAAUAAAAAAUUGAUCCCUAGCCCACAGGGAUCAUCACCCCAAUUGCACCAGGCUUGUGUCAUCUCCAUAGUGCAAUUGGGGCAACACUCAUCUCUGUCCCUGUGCCAGUCCCCAGAAACCAGAGAGAGGGGAAGCAGGGUGGUGUCCUUGACCUUGCACCAAAUUUUGGAGCCCCGGGUUCAAGGUCAGGGACAAGACCUUCUGGGUGGGGGAGGAGUGGCUUCCUAGGCAGCCACAAAAGCUGGCCAAAAUGUGUGGGUCUCAAUCUGUUAUGUUUGUGAAAAAUAAGCAGAUUAUGCUAAGCUGGUUCACAUAGAUGAAGCAGAGGCUUCGGUGCCCAGCUUGUUUGCCCCUGAAUUCGCAUAUGACGCAAGUACAUUUCAAGAGUUGCGUGGACGUGCUUCUUUAGAACUGCAGCCUUCCUCCCUUGUGGGAGUAAUGCAGCCACAGUCUGUGAGGCAUGCAGCUGGAGGUUAUUUAAAAGGCAGCUAAGGCAUGCACAUCAGAGGGCCAGAAUUCUGUAUUUGAGGGGUGAAAUGUAUCGGUGAGAGGAGCUAGCCAAAUCAUGACUUCUGUAGCACCACGAUUGCCAAAAUGACAGUUGCUGCUCCCUCUUGUUUAGCUGAUGAGUUGCAAGUCAGAAUAAUUUAUUGCUAUUUGUUGUUGUUAUUAUUAUUAAUUUAAAGGUGUUUGGCCCUGGAGUGCCCAAAAAGAUCUAUAGAAAUCUACCGUUUUUUACAGAAAUGCAUCCUUGGAGGUUACUAGUGUAGUGAAGAGCCAUUAAACCUCCUCAGGCAGGAAGGCCACAAAGAAAGAACUAGAAUUCUUCUUCUUUUACUGGAAUUGUAUGUUUUAAUUGUAUUUUACCAGUGACAUGUUUGGCACCCUGGGCUUCUUUGAGAGGAAGGGCAGGAUAUAAAUUAGCAGUAGCGUUAAUAUUCUCAUUGGCUGCUUAUUGUUUCUGGUCUCUUCCUGGUUGUUUUCUCUCUCCAUACCAUUCUCACUUCCAUUCCUUCCCAAGAAUAUACUGGGCGUGUUUUGUUUCUGUUUGCGGCACACUGUGUUUUGUCAUCCCUCAUGGUCUGGCUUGUCGUUAUGGGGAUGGUUGAUCCUUCCAGUCCUAUGACUUUAAAGAGCUUAGUGGCAAAUCAGUUGUACCAUUAAAGACUAUAAAAUGAAAAGGUACCUUUCAUUUUAUUUUCAGGUCAAAAAAGGCCUGGUGACAACAGCAGCAGCUCACUGGCCAAAAAGCAAAAGCGUACUCCAAAACGAGCAAGCACUGUAGCCAAAAAUGAGAAGAAUGGGACAGGUACGUUUCAUAAUCUUUCUCUGGAAGGGAUUUUGCUCUGUUUGCUUAGUCCAGCCUUCUUGUUUAUGCUGUGGUUAGGGAGAUGAUUUAGGGAGGGCUGCGUUGCCUAUUUUCCCCUGAAGGAGCUACUUUUGAACCCAGAACAUGCUAAGUUGCAACCUUUGUUUAUUAGAUUUCUUACUGUCCCUUACCAGGAUGGGUUAGAACAAUAAAAUACAUAGUUAUAAAACAAAUGAAACAUUUACAGCCAGAAAACAAGUGAAGUGUAAAAAAUACUUAAUACAGUCCCACAUAUUCAAAUCAGUUAAAAUAGUUCUAAUAUAUAUGCAGGCCUAGGGUAAAGAUCUCCACUCAGAAAGUGGAGAGGAAACCUUUCCCUAGCAAUAGUGGAAAAGUUGUCAGGACAGAAUGCAUUCCUUGCAUUGUUUUCCAGUGUACUAAGUAGAGAGUCUAGGGACGCGGGUGGCGCUGUGGGUAAAACCUCAGUGCUUAGGACUUGCCGAUCGUAUGGUCGGCGGUUCGAAUCCCCGCGGCGGGGUGAGCUCCCGUCGUUUGGUCCCAGCUCCUGCCCACCUAGCAGUUCGAAAGCACUCUUAAGUGCAAGUAGAUAAAUAGGUACCGCUUUAUAGCGGGAAGGUAAACGGCGUUUCCGUGUGCGGCGCUGGUGCUGGCUCGCCAGAGCAGCUUCGUCACGCUGGCCACGUGACCUGGAAGUGUCUUCGGACAGCGCCGGCUCACGGCCUCUUGAGCGAGAUGAGCACGCAACCCUAGAGUCGGACACGACUGGCCCGUACGGGCAGGGGUACCUUUACCUUUACCUUUAAGUAGAGAGUCUAGAUGGGGGCUGCUCUUCCACAGUAUGGCUACAAAGCAGCUCAUCUAAUUGUAAAGGUGAACUUUAAAUACCUGAAGGGUUGUCACAUGGAAAAUGGAGCAUGCUUGUUUUCUGCUGCUCCAGAGGGCAAACCUGAACCAAUGGAUUCAAAUUACAAGAAAGGAGAUUCUAACUAAACAUUAGGAGGAACUUUUGGGUGGUAAAAGAGCUUUUCUGCAGUGGAGCGGUCUCCCUCAAGAGGUGGUGGACUCUCCUUCUGUGGAGGUUUUAAAGCAGUGGUUGGAUGGCCACCUGUCAGGGAUGCUUUAGUUGAGAUUCCUGCAUUGCAGGGGGUUGGACUAGAUGACCCCCGUGGUCCCAUCCAACUCUGAUUCUAUGAAAUACUUUUUUCACUUGAUUGCCUUCCAGUAGAAUGAGAGCUAGAAAUACAAAGGCCUGUUGUUUUGCUAACAUAGGCUUCAGAAUUGUAAUCUUAAACAUGUCAUCACCUUGUAAGACAUUCUGUGGAGGGCUAUUUUCCCUCUAGAGGAGGAAACGUAAGAACUCCAAUUUGGAAAUAUGGUUUAAAUGGUAGCAUUUGUGUGCCGUGUGAGUUUUAAUGAUCAGAUGGAAAUGUUCUCUGCUCAGCUGAAUUGUGUAGUAACCUUAUGUCCUUAAAGACAGCUUGCAUUUUGCAGUCAUGCAUAUGUUGAGUGUCUGCAAAAAAGCGGGGUGGGGAAGGGGAAACUGAGGUUUUUUAGACGUGCAGAGAUGGACAUCCCACAUUGCUGCAUUCUGAGAACAUCACAAGAGCUCUGCUGGAUCAAUCCAAAGGCCCACUUAGUCCAACAUCAUGUUCUCACAGUGGCCAACCAGAUACCUGUGAAAAGCCUGUAAAGGACUUGGGCACAACCAUGUUUGCCCUACUUAAUAAUAAAUAAUAAUAAUAGUUUUAUUUUUUAUACCCUGCCUAUCUGGCUGUAUUGCUUGUGUGUCAUAGAUGGACUUCUCUUGUGUUCGCCUCCCCACCCGCUUUCUGCAGAGCCGUUGUAAAGAUUAUUGAAAUAAUAUAUUGAAGCACUUUUGAACUAUUAAAAUGUGGUAUAUAGAUGCUAUUAAGUACAUACUGUUUUUUAUAUUGAAUGCAUACUGUUGUCUAAAAGAGUGCUGUGUAGGAAUGGGACAACCCAAAAAACUGUGUCAUGUUGUUGCAGGACAAAGCAGUGAUAGCGAAGAUCUUCCUGCACUGGAUAGCUCAAGCAAAUGUACUCCAGUAAAACACAUUGGUCUCUCCAAGCCGCAGAAGCUCACUAGGUCGCCUGCUAGAGUAUUAUCCCCAAAUAUCAAAGAUGGGGAUAAGGACAAGCAGAGGGACAAGAACCAUCAAAACAUUUCUCCAAGGGUGUAUAAGUGGAGUGUCCAACUCAGUAAGUGCUCCCCCCCCCUUUUUGUACAGUAGAUAAUUUGGGUGGGAAAUAGGGUUACAACAGUACAUGGAUGUUCCUUCUGGAUUGUCAAAGUCUUUUCACUUAUUAUUUUUCCAAAGAUGAAUUGGACAACAUGAGCAGUGCAGAGAGAAUCUCUUUCCUACAAGAAAAACUGCAGGAAAUCAGAAAAUACUACAUGUCUCUGAAGUCUGAAGUAGCCACCAUAGACAGGAGAAGAAAACGAUUAAAAAAGAAAGACAGAGAAGGCAAGUUCAGUCUUUGUCAGACAUACAAGCUUUUGGGUGAGUGGUGGUGUCAGAAGGCUUGUGCAGUUUCUUUUUCCAGACAUUGUCAUGCGUGCUCUCCAUGUUUGGAGUGUUUAUAUAACAUUUUAAUUGUGGAAUUGUGACCAAAGCCAUUGUCAGUUUUUAAAAAAGGGUAUACCAUCUGCAACAAGGAGGGAUGAAACUGAAAUGUGUGAAGGGGCUGAACUGGAUGUGCUCUUAAGAUCUGAGCACAAAGAGACUGGCAGCACCUCACGGGAGCUGCUUUUUGGGUGAUAUUGGUGGCUGCUCUGGGAAAGUUGGGGCUAAAAAGCCAAAAUGUGCAGGUGGCACCCCCCCACCUCUUGUAGCACAGCAUAUUUGUACCCUCUCAACUUUUUCUUCCACGUUUCUUCUUCAGUUUUGGAUAUUUUUUGACUUUUUUGCCCACAAGGUUCUUUCCAGCCCCUGCUCUGCAUGUGUGCCCCAUUUGGCACAGCAUAGUUUGUCAUAGUUUGAGGGCUUGCUUUAGAGCAGAGGGUCCUGCAGUCUUCCAGACGUUGCUGGAAAACAACAUCCACUGCUGUCCGUUGGCGAUACUGGUUGGGGCUGAUGGGAGUUUGGAGUACACAGCUGGAAGGCCAAGCAGGUUCCCACAUCUCCGUUAGGCAUUAACAGGCCUAGAUUCCAAUUAACAGUGGGAAAAGCUGGCUCAAGAGUUGGCAGUACCUGGCAGUAUUCAAAUGAGUGACUUUGGGGGGAUAGCUUGUUUUCUCCUGCUCUGGAAAGUAGGACUUGAACUAAUGGCUUCAGGUUACACAAAAGGAGAUUCCGACUAAACAUCAGGAAGAACUCUCUGACAGUCCAAGCUGUUUGACAGUGGAACGGUCUCCCUUGGAAGGUGUUGAACUCCACUUCCUUGGAGGUUUUUAAGCAGAGGUUGGAUGGCCAUCUGUCAUGGAUGCUUUAGCUGAGAUUCCUGCAUUGCAGCGGGUUGGGCUGGAUGACCAUGGGGAUCUCUUCCAACUUGACGAUUCUAUGAUCUUAAUAGUUCACCAAAGGCGCAGUGAUCACCUACAUAUAUUGGUAAAAGGGUGUGUUAAUGCUUUUUGUAUUUUUUUUAACAGUGUCUCACACAGGAGCUUCCAUGUCCUCUGCCUCUUCAGACACUGGAAUGAGCCCUUCGUCCUCCUCUCCUCCACAGAACGUGCUUGCUGUUGAAUGCAGGUGA